CUUCCUCGCUCUGCUUGUUUGUGACCGGAGGCAGUGAGAGGGACACCCGAGUGUUCCACCGAUUUCAGUCCCCCAUAUCAGGGUCACGCUGUGUCCUGGUGUUAGUAGCAGGGAUGUACCGGAGGAUUGCUCAGUCCCUGUGGGUAGAUGGCAUGUGGGUGACAUCUCGGGGUGUUAUAGCUGGCACUAGCACCCUGUCCACCAGCUGCAGGUAUGGCACAGUAUAUACAUGUAGGAGACAUUGAAAGGAGCCAUUAACAGCCAGCCAUGCACUGAGCUCCACAGUAAUGUCAAUAUUCCUCAAAUCAGACUAAAUAACUAAACCCUGCAGUCUCUUACUCUAAAAUGAUUGCAUUUUAGUAGAAUAAUAUUCAUGGUGCAGGGCUGGAGAAUUAUUGAAACGAUGUAAGAAAUAAAAAAAAACUUUAGGUGUGUGUGUGUGUCUAUAUACAUAUCUCAAUAAUUGUGGUUAUUACAUUUUAGUGUUACUUUAAUGGUACUUUUCCCCCCUGAAUAUUUCAUUAUACUGUAAAUACAAAGUGUCCCGUAGCUGUCUGGAAACUCUAUAACCUUUUUAAUUGUUCGCAUCACUUGAUUUUAAAUGCACUUAAUGUUUGUUUUAUUCAUUUUAUUGACCUUUGUCAGUUGUGAGAGAUCUGAAUGCUAACUUGCACAUGAAAGGUUUACCCAUCAUCUAAACAAUACAUACAGGGUUAUUUACUAAGGUGAGAAUUCAAAGUGAAUUUCAAGUUUUACAUCAAAAUAAGCAAACUGGAAAAAUUCUCUAAGUCAGCUAUGCUAUCCGUUCGGCUUCUCUGAGUUUAUAUUUACAAUUCUUCUCUUUGAAUUCUUAUUUUAGUAAAUAACCCUCUUGGGGAUACUUGGUAGGACCCAUACUUUUAUCUCUAUAUUGUGCUUGCCACAUUGCUACCAAAUGUGCUAAUGCCUGUGGUUUAUAAGAUUGAUUCCAGUUAAAGUGGCAAAGACCACGGUGACAUGUCCAGUGGCUGGGGGGGAGGCAAAGGUGAGUAUAAGUUACCUAAACCUGUCUCUUGCGGGUACCACCACUAUCUUCUUCUGGCCGGUCGUCUUCUGCUUAUGGUGCUUAAGAGCCAGGAAUCUACAUCACUGCUGUAGUCUUGCGCAUUCGCGAUAUUACAGCAUUGAUUUCCAUGGAAGGUCCUGCGGGAUUCUCUGUAGACCGCAAAUUCCUUGCAGCCAUCACUGUCAAUUUUUUGAACUCGACCUUUUAAAAAAAUGUUAGUGAUAAUAAUUUGCAUGUAUAGAAUAGUAAAGUGGACCCUUUAAUACAGCUUAAAAAGUAAGUGAAAAACAAACAAAACACCUGGUGCCCAAGCUUUCUGUAUUUUAGAAAACAUUAGGGAAACCAGUAGGAUUGACGUUUGUGUAAUGAUUCAGUUAUACUGCAGUUUGUAGCGUGGACGAAGUUGUCUAUGUACUGUAAAGCUGAAUUCUUUGCCAUAAUAAUUUUAUUCAGUAUACUAUUUUGAAAAAAAAAAGAAUGUUUUAAUGUCUUGCAAAAUAGUGGAAUGCGUGCACGUCAGCGAUGCCAUGGUAUGAUCAAUGUAAAUACAUUUAAAGGACCAUUAUAGGCACCCAGACCACUUCAGCUCAAUGAAGUGGUCUGGGUGCCAGGUCCGCCUAGUUUUAACCCUGCAGCUGAAAACAUAUCAGUUUCAGAGAAACUGCUAUGUUGACACUGCAGAGUUAAUUCGGCCUCUAGUGGCUGUCUCCCUGACAGCCACUAGAGGCGCUUCCACAAUUUACACUGAGUAAAUCGCACUUAUUUGACGCUAGAUGGCCUCAUGGACUCCAGCGUCAAAUAAGAUCCCUCUAGGAAAGCAUUGAGUAAUGCUUUCCUAUGGGCGGGUUUGAAUGCGCACGCGCCUCCGUCCGCGCAUUCGGCUCCACUAGGGAGCUGACGUCGGAGGGGGAGAAGAGGUCACCAGCGCAGAGGGAGCCCGGCGCUGGAUUAAGAUAAGUGGCUGAAGGGGUUUUAACCGCUUCAGCGCCGAGGGAGGAGGGCUCUCCAAGAGCCUGUAGUGCCAGGAAAACGGGUAUGGCACUAUAGGAUCCCUUUAAACUGUAAUCGGCAUAAAUGUUAGUAGGUUUUUUUUUUUCUUUCUAACUAAUGCAAAUUUAUCAAGUUGGUAAUUAGGUUGAAAUAUUUUAAAAUGAAUUUCCUGCUGUCUGCAAAAGCUACAGAUUGUUGUUUUCCUCUCUUUUUUUUAAUUGAUUAAUAUUACAUUGUCUCAGCUGAAAGGUCCACUUUAACACCUUUCCAGUUUAAUAUCUAGAUUCGGUGAAUUGUCACAUCAUGACUGUUUUUUUUUCUGCAUUUUUUUUAUAGGAAGGUUGAUCAUCCACUUAGAUGGCUGCAUGCGGGCACUGUUAACAGAUGUGACAAACGCGAGCCUCUAUCUGAAAAAGCUGCUAAUGGUAAACAACAGGAAGAGGCGAAGGAGAAGGCUCCUGAACCAUCCCCUAAAGAGAACUUGCUUGACAUGAUUGGUGGUAUGAAAGUUGAAAUAAGUUCCAAGAGCAGAUUCCAGGCUUUGAAAGUAUCUAAAGCCAAAGCACACAACACAGAGCAGGUUGGGAAUAUGGAAACUACAAGCAGUAUGUUCCAAAGGGUUGCAGAAGAAAUUCAAGAAGAACGGUAAGCUAUUGAUCUGAAAUCGAUUUUUAUGAAAAAACAAACAAAUUGAGAAUAGGCAACAUCUCAGUAGUUUGACCUUCAGUUAUUCCCCCCCCCCCCCAUAUCUCACAUGUCUUUAAUCUUAAAUCAAUUUCCUUUUCAAAACCUUGUUGAGACCGUUUCCAGCAUGUAAGCGACGUGAUGUGAAUUUAUUUAGUAUUAUCUGUAAUCUCAGUUAUUGGUGGUUAGGACUAAAUCCAAUCUAUUAGAUUGCAGGGGAAGGCCUAUGGCAUGUUUUGAAAAAUCUCCAAGCACUAUAAGCACUACAAACUUCUGCAGUGGUUGUGGUUACAGAAGGGCCCUGGAACCCUUCCAGUGUAAGUAGACAAGCCGUUUGAGAAUGGUUUGAAAACUUACCUGGGCCUGCUGGGCCCACUCUGCUGCUUUCUCUCUAUCCAGAAGUUUUUGCACUGAUCUAAGCCCUAUGAUGCAGGGAUGCACUUAGCUGGAGAUCUCAGGCAGUGAGCCUGCCCUGCAUGUACGGAAUUGGCUCAGUGGAGCUAAUGGAAGCAGCUUGCAGGCACUUCCAGCUCUGGCAGAGGCAGCGCUGGGUGGUCCUCAGGUAUAUUGUCAAACUGUUCUCAGAUGUUUUGACUAUUUACCCUGGGAGAGUGCCAGGGCACUCCUUGCACCAUAGCCAUUACAGAGAGUUGUAGUAGUUAUGGUCAUAGAAGUUUUCUUUAUCUACAAAAAAUACACUUCUAUCUCUUUUCCUACAUUUGCCUAAAUUGAGCAAAUUUCAGGUUGGUACACUAUUUAGUGACCAUCUUCCUGUGGUUGUGAAAAGUUUACAUUUGGCUAAUGGUUUCAUGCAAAGAUAUUAUGAAGACUGUGUGUAUAUUGAGACUGCAUGCAAUUGUGUAAUUUGAUUGGCUCACCUUACCCCCAGGAAUACAAUUGUCCCUUUGUUUAACACUAGACCCUACCUCAAACUAGGUUCAAGUCAUAUAUAUGCAAUUCUGUUUAUUGGGCUUUAGUUCAUGUUGUUAACUAAAAAAGCAGGGUUUGCACAUGAGGACCUUCUCUUUACUGCAAGGAGGACACCAUAACAGGCUUUAUGCACUAAACAUCAAAUUGUAGGCCUGCGUGCCUUCAACUGUAUCUCAUUUUUCCUAUUUGCUUUAUUACAAUAAAAAUUAGAUUUACAAAAAAAUAAACAAACAUCAAAUUGUAGUGCAUUCAAAACAGAAUUGCAAAAUCUAAGGUGAAAUAGCCAAACUGGCUAAAAUCUAAAUCUAAAUCGGCAACUGUUGCCUUAAAUUUUAGUACAUAACUAUUCAAUGUUAAAUGAAUAAAUGCCUGAGAAGAGCAGACAUGUAAUCAGGCAAACAGUUUAUUUUCUUUUCUAAUUUAUCUUUAAAGCUAUGUAUAUACAUAUUUUAAUCUGUAUAGAACCUCACAAAAUUCAGCAUUCCAAAAUCAUUAAUGUGUCACAUAAAUGUAUGCAUACCGUGUGGUUUUUUAACAGCAAGCCUCUAAGUCCAGACAUGGUGGCUGCAGUCUCUGCCGUUGCUUCAUCACUUCCAUUAAACAAAAAGCAAGUGGAAUCUGAACUACUUCAGCAACUACGCAAACAUGAACAAGAGACAGAUGUACAAAGAAAAGCAGAAAAUCAGCUCAGGUGAGCUUUGUGUAUGCAUCCAUACCCGAUUGUGUUCUUUAUAUUCAUCUGGUUCUUUUAUAGGUAGUUUUUAAUUAACUGCCCACCACUUUGUGUUCUGUAUUUGUUUUGUCCAUGCAUUUUAGAGUUGUAUGCUCAUGUAUAUCUAUAUUUUGGACUUGCCUUGAUUAUUUGGACAUUCUAAGCACUACAACUACUAAAGUUAAUUUUGCUGGUUGUUGAAGAAAGACUCUUAGGGUGCUGUCACUUAGUUAAUAUUAAACUGUUUCAGAACGGAGCUCUCUUGACAUCUAAAUUCUGGCCUGCCUUCUGUUUGGAAAUAGCUUGACACUUAUAGGGUAGACUACACCUAAACACCCUGCUCACACCAGGGAGACCCAGGUAUCUCUCGAUACCUGGGGCUUCCUUCUGUCAGCUGGGCCACAUUUAUCUGACCGAUGAGCUCUACGCACCGCUGCACAACUAUUUAAAUUCAUUGAGAACACCGCUACUGAACAGAUUGCUCAAGGGAGACCCCUCGGUCUGAACAUACUCUGACAGGGUCUCCCUGCUUGUCCCCCCUGCCAAAUAAUUUUUCUUUAGUUGCAGUGGAUGUGCGAAAAGUUUUAAAAAUAAAAAAUCUAAAUUCCCUGCUCCCCCCUCCUUUUUUAACAUCUUAUUCACACUUAAAGGGACACUGUAGGCACCAAGACCACUUAAUCUCAUUAAAGUGGUCUGGGUGAAGGACUCCUGUCACCUUACCCUGCAAGUAGUAGCAGCGAAAAUGUGUUGUAGUUUCAGAGAAAUUGCAAUGUUUACAUUCUAGGGUUAAAGUCAAUGCAGAUCUGUAUUCCUAACACUAUAGUUCCCUCUAGUUUUCUCGUCCCCACUCCCUCCGGGAUGUAAAGGGUAAAAUAAAACCUUUAUUUACCCACCUGAUUCUGCGUACUCCUCCAACAUCAUCUGGUAGGGGGUGGUAAUGUGCAUGCGCAUCGAGCACCGCAAGUGGAGUAGACCCUCCCCAUAGGAAAGCAUUGCCUAUGUUUGCGUUGGGGGGAGUGAGGGAGAGCUAAAGUUAGGGAUAGGGGCAUACUAUAGCAUUAGGAAUACAAAACUGUAUUCCUAACACUAUAGUUCUCCUUUCCUUAUUGUUGUGUAGGGUAUACAUAUAGGAUAUUAAAAAAAAAAAAAAAAAAAAUUCCUCUGAACCAUAAAAGAAAACAAUAUAUUAUAUGUAUGGGAGCACUCAUAGAUAAACCCUUAAAUUUCUGUGGAUCAAAGACAUAAGGGCUUCCCUGAUUGGAGUGCUACGAUAACAAGCCAUUAUCAAGCUAUUUGGUGACUGGCACACUAAUACCCGUUCCAUCUCAGACCUGGCAAACCUGGCAGGUGUGGUUUAAUUGGUGUAUGAAUCCUACAGGUAAAUUCAACAUACAAGAUGUAGAAGAAGUGGUGAGGAUUCUGCUCAAACAAGCUUACAAUUUAACGUAAAUGGGAAUAUUUGCCCAAGUAUAUUGUCUAGAACAAACGAUUCUAUGCAACAUGUUUUUAAACACUCUGACUCUUAUAUGGGGGCUCAAGAUGUGCCAUCUAAAGUUCCCCUUCCGGUCUGGAUAUAUCCAUUUCAUCCCUGUUUGGACUGAAUUCAUAGACUGUGAUUGUCAGCUGAUGGCACGGGUGGGAUUGAUGUCACUUAUGUGGCAACUUCCACUUUAGCGAUAUCGCAAGAGGAGGGUCAGACUAAAAGUGCCAGUUUGACUCUUAUCUGGGGAUGGACACCAGGGAAUUCCUGGAAGGCUGUAGUGGUUUUGUGAGCAGAGAAUCUCAUGUUCAGCAAGCAUCGAAUUACUUCCCAGUACUCAGAAUUUACAUUACCGAACUUUAACCACAUGAUGUCAGCCUUGUCACAUAAAUGGAAACGUUUCUUAAAACUGUCAGUACAUUUCUUAUCAUAUUAUUUCGUACAGGGAAGGUGUAUGAAUAUGGAUGGCUAUUUUUGGCAUAGAUGUUGCAAUUUGGUUGCUUGUUAACUUAAAUGUGCUGUUUAAAAAAAUAAAACCUUUUUUCACUUAAAAUUCAUACAUCCCUUUUAUAAAGUAAGAGUAGUUUGUUACUUUUAGACAGCCACUAGAGGAGGAGUUAACCCUCAAAGGUAAUUAUUGCAGUUUUGAAAAACUGCAAUAAUUACCACUGUAGGGUUAAGGGUGAUGGGACAUUGCACCUGAAUCACUUCAAUGAUCUGAAGUGGUCUGGGUGCCUAGUGUCCCUUUAAUUAAAUAUUUAGAGUUUUUUUUUUUUUUAUUUUUUUUUUUUAUAUAUUUAUGUGCAUAUUAUGAAUUACAAACUUCAAUUAUUACUCUUUAAAUUGUUAGAAAUAUAUUGAAAGUAAGCACAAUUUACAUAUAUUUUUGUUGUUGUUUAUGAUCUUCCAGUAAUAUAAUUUCCGAAAUGAAGAUCGGGAAGCGCACAAGAUCCAGAUCUGCAGCAAACGAGAUUAGAUUUGAUGAUGAUGGUCAAGGAUUCACAAAUAACAGAGGUGUCACACAAGAACUUAACAGUGUCCGGAGGUAUUUCCCCAUUUUUGUUUUAGUAAUCUAUAUAUAUUCUUUAUAUAGCAUUGUUUUGAAAGGUUCUUUUAAAAUACCUCCUAUGCUACGUGUAGGUAGUAAAGGUUCACUCAAGAUCCUUCAAGAAUGUAUCCUCUUUUUUUUUAAAUUUUUAUUUUACAGAAAGUGCAGAUUUCAAUAAAAAUUAGUCCUUGUAUAAGUAAAACUUGUUACACCCCUUUGGCUUUCAAUCAGACAACUGUUACUGGGUGUUUUGCCCAGUGGAGCUAAACUUAAUUGCACAGAGCUCCUGCCUUGCAAAGACUUCUCAUUCAACUGCAUUGGGAAGUCUGUGAUUGGACAACCAAAGAAAUUAUGCGAGGGGUUAGUAAAGGUGGGCUUGCAAAGUUCUCACACAAGUGAUCCGCAGUGUUUGCAGGCCGAUUCUAUAAUAUAGAUUAUAAAAUAUAUUAUUAAAUGCAUGUUUUAUUGCUACUAAAUAGAAUUAAAAAAAGUAUUUCUUUUUUUUACAUUGGGGUAGAGUGUUCCUUUAAGACAAAUGUGGUUAAAGGACCACUCUAGGCACCCAGACCACUUCAGCUUAAUGAAGUGGUCUGGGUGCCAGGUUCCUCUAGGAUUAACCCCUUUUUUUUUUUUUUAAAUAAACAUAGCAGUUUCAGAGAAACUGCUAUGUUUAUAAUAGGGUUAAUCCAGUCCCUAAAGCCUCUAGUGGCUGUCUCAUUGACAGCCGCUAGAGGCGCUUGCGUGCCUCUCACUGUGAAAAUCACAGUGAGAAGACGCAAGCGUCCAUAGGAAAGCAUUAUGAAUGCUUUCCUAUGAGACUGGCUGAAUGCGCGCGCAGCUCCUGCUGCGCAUGCGCAUUCAUCUGAAGAGGAGGAGGAGAGCUCCCCGCCCGGCGCUGGAAAAGAGGUAAGAUUUAACCCUUUCCUCGUCAUCCAGCCUGGCGGGAGUGGGACCCUGAGGGUGGGGGCACCCUCAGGGCACUAUAGUGCCAGGAAAACAAGUGUUUUCCUGGCACUAUAGUGGUCCUUUAAAGGUUUUUUUUUUUCUAAUGAAGAAAGAAUACAACAAGAGUUUAACUUUUUUCUAUCUUCUUUUACUCUUCUCUUUUUUUCUACAAAUGGGUAUCACUGAAAGCAUUUUCUGAUGAGAUUCUGUUUUCACAUGGAGCCUAUUUCCUGUGAAUCAUACCUGUGAUAGCAAAAUUGUAUACAGCUGCAGAGAUAAUCCACUAGCUACCAGAAAGUCCUUCAAAGACAUUUGUUAAGUUACAUCAAUCCUUCAUACAAUAAAGAAGAUGUCGGUUCUGGUUCCCAGGACUGAAUGUAAUAUAUUUUUUUCCUCCAUGUUGUGCUUGGUAGUAUUAAUAUGUACGGCUUGGUCUUAACAUCAAAGGUUCAAAACUUGACAGAUGUUUUCAGGGGAAAUAAACAUUACCUAGUUUGAUAGAUGUUUCCUAAAAGGAUUCUUAUGUAGGGCUUUAUAUAUUUUGAAAUAUACCAUCUUAUGAUUUAAUUUGUUUCUCUUGAACAGAAAAAAAAAAUAUUCCUAUUUCAAAACAUGGGCCCAUUUAAUAUGAUGCACUUACCUGCAUACAUACCGUGUGGCCUGGUGACGUUUAGAUAAUGGGUGAUUUUGGUCUUAACACACUCACACAGUGCGCAGAAAUUUAGAAAUUCAAAGGCUAAUUUAACCCCCUAAGGACCAAACUUCUGGAAUAAAAGGGAAUCAUGACAUGUUACACAUGUCAUGUGUCCUUAAUGGGUUAAACAAGAACAGAUUACACAUUAUGCCCUUAUUUUAAUAUGGUUGCAUAAGCUUUCAAAUGAUUUCAUAUUUUUGGAUAAACUUUUUUAUAUAUAUAUAUAUAUAUAUAUAUAUAUAUAUAAUUUUUUUUAACCAUGCGUUUUUUGCUUACAAAUACACAUUAAGAUGCAAUACUUACAGCAGCAGCAGUGUCCUUAGAUCUUGAUGGUGGCUGCACAGUUUGAAUGGAUGACAUUGAAACUUGUUUCAUGUCACACCUUUGUGUGUAGUUUUUUUUUUUUUUUUUAAAUGAUCUACAAGUCUUAAGUUUACCCAGAUAUUACUACCCAUACCUUGCGGUAGAGGUGGAUAUAUGGUACAUAUGGUUGAACUGAAACAUAAUUCUUUGACCGCGUCAAUAAAGAGAAGCUGCAAAGUGGACCUUCCGUUCUUUCUCUGAGCAUAAAGGAACACACCAUUAAAUUAAAUAAUUUAGUCGAUGUGCACCCAAUGUAAAUCUGAAUAUAAUUUGUUUUGCAUAUAUUGUAUCUGGAGGGUUAUUAAAUCCUAGCUGCAGAUCUAGUAUCUGCAGCUGCUGCAAGCUCUCCCCCCUAUUCAGCAGACAUUCUGUGGCUGACAAUUCUCAAUAAACUUUAUUACAGAUCAUUGAGAAGUGAUUGCAAGCUAGGUGCUCUGAGCAACAGCCUGCCUCUUGAGUUUAGCUUCAAGAAGCUCACUUACCGCGAAGCAACGGUAUCGGCUGUCGGAUUGACAGACAUUUAUGCUUCCUUUAUGAAACUGCAGAUUUAAAUUGAAAUAACCACUUUUAUAAAACAAUAAAUAAAGAAGAAACACACUAAUCACACAUAACGCCCUUCAGCAAUUUGAAGUGUUUUCUGUGUUUGGAGUGUUUCUUUAAAACUGAAGCAUGGAUUUUUACGCCAUCAGCAUUGACUCUAUAAGAGUCCAUAGGUUCAAACAUGGUCUCCAUAGCUAAUAUAUUGGGAGCAAGUUACUUGCACACUUCCAGUUCAUGUGCAUGAUCCCUGGCCUGUUUUCCUUCCUCAUAACAUUCAAUCACUGAACCCAUGAUUUUAGAGUCUCAAUGGGAUGAGUAUUUUGUGCUGUGAAGGAAAUUGCUUUACUAAUCCACAUUAAAAUAUUUAGUUUUUUUUGUGGCUUUAAAGAGAUACCGACACUUUUCUGGAAAUGACCCCAUUGAAUAAAACAAUGAAAAUUUCCCUUAUAACUUGUGUUCAUUAUGUUUUUUUUGUAUGAUACUCUGUUUUCUUUUGUUUAAAGAUUUACUCCAGGCACCAUGACCACUUCAGUGAUUUGACGUGACCAUGGUACCUGGAGUCUGUAUGUCAACAACCCCCUGCAGCGUUAAUGGGGUGUCAUCAGCCAGCAUGGAACUGGAGUUCUGGGAUGGCUCAGCUGACGCUCUCAACCAAUGAAUGGUGACGGCCUCUGCGUCUAGCCUUUGCGAGACUGCAGAAUUCCAGGCGCUUUUUACGAGACCACCUGGGAGUUCGGCAGAGACCCAGCUGUGGGGAAAAACUAAUCCUAAACAAUUUGCCCCAUUACGAGGGAACCGUGCCAUUGGCAUCUUAACCACUACAGCAGGCUGCAGGGUUUAUGUUGAUUGGAGUAAUCCUUUAAGAUUUAGUAAGCAAGCUACAAUCCAAUUCAGUUGAGGCAGAGCCAGGACACUCAAUGCAAAUGGAGAGAUGAAUAAAACAUUCAGUCUGUUUCUCCUACUCUGUAUGUACUGUGCAAAUAGCAAAACUUAUAACAUUGACUGUCAGGAUAGAGGUGAAGCACUCCGUUCCAGGAUAGAAGUAUGUAUUUUUUAUUCUUUGUUUUAGACUUCAAACACAUAUUAUUAAAAAUCAUGGGAAGUGACAGUUACCCAUUGCACACAGCUGUCCGUUUCAUAUGGUCUGAUUAUGACUUGCAUGGUUAUUUACGAAGGUGUGAAUUCACGGUGAACUCAGAAAGUGAAUUUCAAAUUGAUGGUCAACGUAGCCAAACUGGAAAAACUCCAGCAACUCUGAACUUUGAAAUUGGUUUUGCAUUCACUUAGUAAAUAAGCCUGUUAAUCUUAACUGGUUCCAUUAUUUAUUUAUUUAUUUAUUUAUUUUUAAAAAAAUUUUUUAGCAGAAGGUAUGUCCCAACCAUCACAUGUUCUGGAAUGGGUUCUCUGCCCUACAAGCUCAAUUCUCAACAGCAUCUACAUUGCUUUAUCUCCUGCAGUGUUUCUCCCAUCAAUGGUUACCUUUGUGUAGACCUUAACUAAUGAAGACUACAAACACUUGCAUAUAUCUUUUUUUGUGCUCAUAAGUCAUCUGAAGAUUUAAUUCUGCAAACAUACUCUUCAUUCCUAGAAUCUAGUGUAACUUAGUAUAAUUCAGAGGUUAGAGGCCUUGCAUCAACCAAACCGCCCGACAGGGAAAACAAAAAAGAGAAACUUUAUUUUCACUAAGCACCUAUUUAAAGUUACAUACAAGGUCUCCAAUUUUCCAGAAAACAAGAUAAGAUACCAAGCCUAGGUGUAUGUUUGCUAUUCUGUACAUAGUUUCCAGGAGCGCAAAACUGCAGAAUGGCAGUGAAUUGAAAAACAAAAUUGCUAAAUUUAGGCAUAAACUGCCAAACUGUGGCUAUAGCUGAAUUGGCAAAAUAUUUCCAAAUCACUUUAUUUUUUUUAAUUUUUUUUUUAAAUUUAAACUAACACUAUAGUGUCAGGAAUACAAACAUGCAUUUCUAAUGCUAUAGUGUUCAGCUUUUUUUUUCUCCCUGCCUCCUCAGAUUGCUUUGCAAAGGUUUUAAACAUAUCUUUUCUCCCACACUGCUCCGGUCUCGAUGUGUCUGGCGUUGUCUUUAUUAUCUCAGCCAUGCCACGCUGUGCCAAUCUGUAUCUCCUCAUAGAGAUGCAUUGAAUCAUACAGAUGCUGAAUGCUAGUGCUGCUCACUGUGCAGAACUGGGCUAGAAGUACCCCUAGUGGCCAUCUGAGUGAUUGCCAAUUGAGGUGUUUGUAGACAGCAAUGUAAACACUACCUUUUUCCUGAAAAGGCAGUAUUUACAUUGAAAAGCCCACAGGGGCAGACUGUAGACACCACAACCACUACAUUAAGCUCUAGUGUUUCUGGUGACUAUAGUAUCCCUUUAAUAAUUUGGUUUUCAAUUACCUACGGUUUAGUGUCCAGUGAAUAAACCUGUAUGUGUUCCCAUACAGAAAAAAACAAAACAUUUCCCUCCAGUGCCUUCUAGAAUACCUAUUAAACAAGGGCUAACUAAACUACCCCACAAAUUCUAGAAUGGCAUUCUCAUAAUCAUAGAAAUGGCUUGCCCAACUGUUUCAGAACUUGUUUGUUUUUGUUUUUUAGGGAUUAUAGGAAUUGUAGUGCAUUAGUUGGCAGCAAUUCCUGGAGAGGAGGCAUGCUGCCACUGGUCUUGUUUGGUACCAGCAUGCUUUGCACAGAUAUCGCAUAGCCAGCCCUCUUGUUUUGGACUAACGAUGCUGCAUUGCGUGUCAUAGUGAAACAGUGCACAUUCAGACUUUAGGAACCAUGACUACUUCAUAUCAGUGGUCCUAGUUUUUGGAGUAUCAUUUUAACCUCUUAAGGACACAUGAUAUUUGUGACAUGUCAUGAUUCCCUUUUAUUCCAGAAGUUUGGUCCUAAAGGGGUUAAAGGACCACUAUAGUGCCAGGAAAACAUACUCGUUUUCCUGGCUCUAUAGGGUACUUGGGUCCCCCUCACCCUCUGGGUCCCCCUCCCCGCCGGGCUCUAGGGGGAGGAAUUCCUAACUUUUUUUCCAGUGCCGGGCUCCCUCGGUGCUGGGGACUCUCCUCCUCCUUUCCCGUCAUCGGUUGAAUGCGCAUCGGCUGAAAGCAUUCUCAAUGCUUUCCUAUGGACGCUGGCGUCUCGGUGAGAAGCGUGGAAGCGCCUCUAGCGGCUGUCAAUGAGACAGCCACUAGAGGCUGGAUUAACCCUAAAGUAAACAUAGCAGUUUCUCUGAAACUGCUAUGUUUACAGCAGAAAGGGUUAAUCUUAGAGGGACCUGGCACCCAGACCACUUAAUUAAGCUGAGACGCAGCUCUCUUCAUAUAAAGCUAUGAAGUAGUCUACUAGUUUAGGCGUGUACUUGUAUAACUAGUCCACAUCAUACAAGUACUUAAAGAGCACAGAGGGAAACCAUUCCCUUUAAAGUGAACAUGUAAUGAAAAAAAUAUUGCUUACCAAAAAUGGCUUACCUUAAAUCGCUCCCAUAUACUUUGACUAUCCCAUAUAUUGCAAAGAUACAUGGUGUAUUUAUUGUAAAAUAUGGAGAUUUAUUAAAAGUGCCUUAUAUAUCCCUACAAAAAAGAUGGUAUAUUCUAGAUCAGAGGUUCCCAACCUGUGGUAUGUGUACCAGUUUGGUGCCCCUGGGAGUACGCAAAAAAAAAUAUCUGUAAUGGCAGGGCUGAGAACCGCAGGGUGAGUGGGUCCAUCGGGUGGCUUAUGUACUUAGGGCCACGCGAUGUACAUGUGGCACGAGUGGCCCGGUUGUGUGCUGCGGUGCUUUAAAGCGCGACCAGACCACUCCAAACCUGCAGGGAGAGCUGGGAAAAAGAGAGAGAGAAGAGAGCAGGUCACUUCCUCCCAGCUAGCACAGAUACAGCCACGCAGGAGGAAGCCAGACCGGGAGAGGAGCAAGCCCUCAACAGCCCCCUCAACAUGUGUAUCGGCAUCUGUAUCUAUGUAGCAGCAUGUUUGUCAGUAUGUGUAUCAGUGUGUCUGUGCAACUGUAUAUGUGUCUGUGCAUUGCAUGUGUGUCAGUUUUUGUGUCUCUCUGUGUAUGUGUUUGUUUAUCUACAUGUUUGUAACUGUGUCUAUAUGUGUCAGUGUUUGUAUCUGUGUGUCUGUAUAUGCAUGUGUGUAUUGGCAUAUCUGUAUUUGUGUGCGUUAGGGAUCGACCGAUUAUCGGUUUGACGAUAUUAUCGGCUGAUAUUCCGGGUUUUUUAAAAUAUCGGUAUCGGCCAAAAUCUUACCGAUAAUGCCAAUAAUGAGGUGGUCCAGCGGGUGACCAAUUAGUCCUCUCUCCAAGUCUCGCGAUUCCCGAGGCCCUGGCCUUCAAAGCAUUCCCGCCGGUUACCGUGACAACGUUCCGUGCGGCAAAACCAGGCGCUUAAAUUGUGAGAUUGUUAGAGAGAAGCUGAAGUAGUGCUGUCCUCCUUCUACCUCCUAUUUGUGCCAUGUUGCAUCAGAGCUUGUUGAGAAGGCCCCUUAAGGUGCUCCCCGUCACUGGCUUGUGCCCAGCAUUCGUGAGAGGUGGGGGAUUAUGCCCUUUCACCAUCUGCCUGUCUGCAGUCUCUGCUUCUGAGAGGGAGUGCUCACUGGAGGAUCUAGAAGACACAGCAGGUGAAGCCAUGACAGGGAGCUGCGAAAGGUAGUAAUGCCACAAGCUAGAAGUUGUUAAGCAUGCUAAUAACAUAAUAUUCCCUUAGUAAUAUUAUAAAAGCUCACAAGAUAUAAAAAGGUUAUGACUCUCUUUAAAAGCCUUCAAGCUAUUUGAGCCCCAAAAAAUGCCCUCACUAAACAAACUAGACCACCAGACACCAGUAGUAUUAAUUGUUUAUAUUUUCAAAAUGGUAAAUGUACAGAAUAUCGUUAUCGGCUAUCGGUCUGUAAAUUCACAGAUUAGCGGUAUCGGCUCUAAAAAGAUCAAUAUCGGUCGAUCCCUAUUGUGAGUGUCAGUGUUUGUAUCUGUGUGUCUGUACAUUUGCAUGUGUGUCAGUAUUUGUAUCAGUGUCUGUGUGGUUUUGUGUGUUUGUAUUUGUCAGUGUUUUGUGUCUGUUUCUGGGUAUCUGCAUGUCUGUAUCUGUAUACCUGUGUCAGUGUUUGUGUCUGUGCAUGUGUAUCCGUGUUUAUUUUUGUGUCAGUAUUUGUAUCUGUGUUUCUGUGCACCAACAUAUGUGUCAAUGCCUGUAUCUCUGUGUGUGUGUCAGUAUUUGUAUCUGUGUAUCUGCAUGUGUGUCAGUGUGUCAGUUUGCACUAAAGGAAGCAGGGGAAGCCUGGGGCAAAGGAGGAGCUUGGAAGUCUGGGGCAGAGGAGAAGCAAGGAUGCUUGGUACAGAAAAGAAGGUGUGAUGGGGAAAGAGAAAAACUUAUAAAUGUGAAAUAACUGCAACCAUAUUAAUAACAAACAUUUCACUAAUAUGAGUGGUACAAUUUAUGGAAAUGGGCUGCCAAGGGGUACUCAAGUUAAAAAAAUGUUGGGAACCACUGUUCUAGAUUAUAAGAAAAAUCACAUUUCACAACACACUACAUCUAAACAAACUUUUGAGAAACACAAAAAAAUAAAUAUCUAAUCAAUGUGCAAAUGAAUUACAUGGAAACUGAAUGAGAGAGUUACCAUGAUAUAAAAUCAAAUAUUUACAUUAAAGUCAAAUUUGUGUAUAUAUUUGGAUAAGUGUCAAAGUCUUAUUACAAAUAUAUUUUGACACUUAUUCCAAUGACACUAUAUAUUUCAAACAAUCCUAAAAUGUACAAUACAACAUUUGCGUAAUUGUCCUCAUACAUUUAAUAAUCUAGUUGGCUUCAAAGAGGGGGGAAAAAGAAAGUAUCUUGUAUGUCUCUUUGCAAGAUAUCCACACUGUGACUAAUUAAUGGAUACUAAGAGGGUAGCAACGUGAUGUUUAAUAUCCCCAGAGUAAAGUCUCACAAUAGGAAAGGUUGUUUUUUUUUGUUUUUUAAAUGUAACAAAUGUACCUUUUGCACCAUAUUGUUAUUCUAUGAGCAUAGAUCAAUAUGUUGCUUCGAUUGUCUCUUACUCUUUUAUAAUACAUUUUUAGUACUAUGUAAGUCACAGUGGAUUUUUGUUAGCAUAUGAAUUAAUAAUUAUGAUAAUUUAGUGGUGCAUUAAUUAUGCAAAUGAUACAUCUCAUGGCUCUUUUGUUCACAUAAAGAGGAUGUAGAGUGAGAAUUGGGUUCACUUAGUGCUACCAUUUACACCAUUAGAUUGUUCUAAUCUGGUAUGCAACUGUGUAACAUAUUUCUGAUUCAUUAUUCCCUGUCUGUAUGUUAGAGCCCUGAAAAUGUAAGUAAGAUGUCACUUUUCAUUACGUUUCAGUUAUUAUUGUGUACACAAUUUUUUUUAUUGUGUACACAUAACAUUUUUUCUAAUUUUAAAACAAGGUUUGCCUUCAUUAGGAGGGUGGCCUUGGUUUCUCUCUGUGGUGUUGGCUGAUACACGCAAGCCACGUUUGUUCUGCUUGAACCCAAGUUAAGAAAGUAAAUGAUUACAAAUGAGGUAUAAAUAAUGCUCAAGGCUAAUGUGCAUGUAUUUCAGGGAAACAUGAUUAUCUUUCAAAGAAAAAACCCAAAACAUCUGCUUUUCAGUUUGCUUUAUUUGCCCUCAAAAUGUGAUCCAAUUAGAAAGUGCAUUUUUUGCUGUUAUUGGUUUAUCUAAAUCUAAAGGGGUAUCCAGAAGUAGACCCCAAGGUCGGUGAAUUGGGGAUUGAAGGAUAGAGAAUAACUAUCAUAACUGCUAAAAAAAAAGUCUAUGCAAAGCUUAAAUGCCCAUUUUAUCUUGAUUUCUGCCUCUCAUCGACUCAUUAAUUGCUAUAGGUUUUUAUUACAAACUGAUGUAGAUAUUUUGGCUGUCUCCUCACAACCCACUGAAUUAUGGAGUAGGUACUUAGACCCGGAGAUGGCCUCUUUGGCAAAGACCUCUGAGAUCAUGGCAUUCUAAUAUACCUUGGACACAUAAUGACUACACCAAGGCUGUCUGACUGUCCCUAGAAAUGUAUAUCUCUAGCAUCCCUUAUCAAGGCUUUAUCGAAAAAUACCUGGAUGCAGAAAUGUGAUUAGAUCCACACAUGUUAAUGCUGCUGCAAUGGCAACUUCACAACGGUUACCAACUUGUAAUUGUUAAUCUACAAGAAGCUUUGUUAUGUAGGUGUUUUGAAAAUACACCUCUAGACAGUUACCAUUUCUUUCUCUGUAGAAAGAAUAAGUAUAUUUUCUUUCUUUCUCUAAAUUAACUUCUGAUGGAUGCAUUGCAGGUUCAGAUGCAAAACUGAUCACAGGAAAGUAUCCUUCUAUAACCGGGUGUUAGCAUGUAGUCCAAUAGGUAUAAAAUUGUGACAGGAGAUUAGCUGGGCCAGAUUGGCCCAGAUUGACAUGCCAGUUGGUAAAAAUACAUAAACUUGUGUUAACUUGUUUUCAUGGAUUCACCAUUUUCUUUUAUAUUUUAUUUUAAAGGUACACUGUAGUGUUGGGGAUACAAACAUAUUUCUAACACUAUACCUAUUAGGAUCCAUGGCCCCUCUCAUAGUGGAUAAAUAAGAUUUUUAAACUUACCUUUUUUCUAUCGCCGUGCCAGUGUUACGGUGUCUUGUCCCGCCUCUUGAUGAUCUCAGCCAAUCCAAUGCUUUACCAUAAGAAAAGCAUUGGGAAGCUAUUGCGCAUUUGCGGCAAAAUGUCGCACAGCGCCAAUCUCCUUCUAGAGAUUAAAUCAAUACAUCUCUAUGGGGCACGUUCAGCGUCUCCAUGUAGAGCGCGGGGACGUUGUACAUGGGUUCUGCACAUUGUGCAGCCCUUGACAAGGAAGCACCUCUAGUGGCUGUCUGAGUGACUACAAAUAGAGGUGUUACUAAGCAGCAAUGUAAACUCUUCCUUUUCUCAGAAAAAGUAGCAUUUACAUUGCUUAGUCUAUAGGGACAGACAAUAGAUACUAGAUCCAUUACAUUUAUUUAAUUAACUUAUAAUCUUGUUCAUACAAGACAGGCCAGAGCAAAAUUGCAAAUGAGAAGGUGACAUUGAAACAUGUUUAUAUUUCUCUUCUUUUCUGUAUGCUCUUUUUGGCUGCCAGAUACAAAGGACAGAAUUUAACCGUGACUUAAAGGACCACUAUAGUGCCAGGAAAACAUACUCGUUUUCCUGGCACUAUAGUGCCCUGAGGGUGCUCCCGCCGGGCUGGAUGGCGAGGAAAGGGUUAAAUUUUACCUUUUUUCCAGCGCCGGGCGGGGAACCCUCCUCCUCCUCUCCGCCUCUUCUCCUCCUCUUCGGCUGAAUGCGCAUUUAGAGGCUGGAUUAACCCUAAUAUAAACAUAGCAGUUUCUCUGAAACUGCUAUGUUUAUUAAAAAAAAAAAAAAGGGUUAAUCCUAGAGGGACCUGGCACCCAGGCCACUUCAUUAAGCUGAAGUGGUCUGGGUGCCUAGAGUGGUCCUUUAAAGGGAGCUAAGAUAGAGGUGCCCGUUUUUAUGAUAAAGAGGUGUUGAUAUCUACAUUUAAUGUAAUUUUUCAGGCUUCAUAUGUGCACAUUUGUUAAAUAUGUGCAUAAGUUACCAUAUUCCAAUUGGAAUUUCACAGUCACAUAUUUAACGUUUUUUGAUUCACUCUGCAAAUUGUCUUGAUAAGUCUCAAUAGACUGAAACGUUGACUUAUCCUUUGUAUCACUGUAUUUGCUUAAUAAAGCAACAGUAAGAUGUAUAUCAAAAAAGACUUCAGGGUGCUCUCUAUUUGGACAAUUUAUAUAAAAUUAUUUAGUUUUGUUGAAAUCUAUAAAUAUAUUAUGAUCAUUUUAUGAAUAGCCAUUAUAACUACUGCUUUGCCUUUUCUCAGUCAUAUUUAAAUAAUGACUUCACUGUUGUUUGUCUACUGUGCUCCAACUGUCAGGAUAUUUAACUGAAAAAUUGGGUUUGUAUACCAUUUACUUUAGGAUCAUAUUUUUGCACAGUUUUUUUUCCUCUCCUCUUUUCUCUUCAUUGGUCAUGCAUACAUGUGACCACACAUGUCUCUAUGGAGAAUGAGAAUGAGUAACGGCAGGUGUUCCAACUGAAGCAUUCACCUCUCAGUUCGUUUUUGCAUAAUUAUAUACCGUAACUCAGUUAAAAAUGCACCCUGCUGAAAAAGGAUAUGUACAGUAUAGUGGAUGAAAAUGAGAAGAGAUCGGCCACGUUUCAGACACUUUUUUUUUCCCAAUCUUUUUUUAAUUACGGUAAAUUUUUAUAGCAAUAUUAAUAGACAGAACAACAUCUGGGGGUAGGAACCAUACAAAAAAAUAAGGACUCCUAUCCCCAAUAGACAUACAUAGGUAUAUUGACCUAUUUCAAAUUACAGCAGAGAUAAGCCUUCUGGUACAAAUUGAUAUACUAACAAUAAUAUCCCAAAAAGGGAAUAUCAAGGUCCAAGAGCGGCCUUAAAAACCUAUAUAAAUAAGACAAACCAUAACAAAAACAAACUGGUCAAAUAUAUUGCAGAGAUAUAGAAGAUCAAAAAAUUCCAAUAUUACAUUAGCUAAUAUCAGAUAUGUGGCUAAGGAACCCGUAUGAUAGUGCCCGCUACGGUAUUAUCGGUAAGGCAUCAGGUGGUCAUAAAAAGUAACCCCACCGCCUCAAACUCAUUAAAGCCCUUUAAUUUUCUCAACAAGACUGGAAUAAAACAUCAAAAUAUUAAGAUUGGAAUAUUCUCUCAUAUGAAUCAACCCCUUUUCCAUCUCAACUUGAUAUAAGAGUUGGGCUUUAACUUGAUCUCUAGUAGGAAUGUCAAUGCUUUUCCAAAAUCUAGCAAUUAAUAUUUUGGUAGCCAUUAAGCAAUGUAUAAUCACAAUAUCGAGAUUAUCUUUUAUUUCUAAGCCCAUAAAAUGGAGUAGGGCAAUUUCCGGUUUAUGUUCCAGAUGUAUACCUCCAAUUCUAUAUAUAAAUUCAAAUGUAAUAUUCCAGAGAGACUUAAUUCGAUGGUAGGUCCACCAUAUAUGAAACAUAGAACCAUCUGGGUGUAGACACCGCCAACAAUUAGAUAGAUUAGUAAAAUAGAUAUUUUAGCAAGUCUAGUCGGUACCAAGUACCAUCUAUACAAUAUUUUAGUGAAAGUCUCUAGAAUAUUCAGACAAUGAAUGUUUUUUUUUUUUUAGUCCUCAUAAAGGAUUUACACCAAUUAUUAAAUGGAAUAGGUAUUGCUAGGUCAGUUUUCCAUUUGGUUAAAGCUUUGGGGAUAAAUGGAGUCCCCUUAGUUUUUAUUAGUUCUACUGCAAUAGAGAAUAUCUUUUUAACCUUAAACGUUUCCUAAACAAUUUUCCAAAACGGCCGUCUAGUACUAAUAUGUUAUCUUUUAAAUAGCUCUUAAUACGAAGAAAAUUAAAUAAUUCUCUAGAGGGUAAUUCUAACCAGUUUUUUAGAACUUCAACGCUUUUCAAUUGGUGAUCAUUAUAAAGAUCUUUUAUCUUAUAAUUAGGAUCUUUAAACCAGUUUGUCAGAUUUAUCUCUAGCAUAAAACAUUCUAACGACCUUAGACUGAGGUUCUCAUAUAGUUUUUUUUUAUUAAUAUUCAACUUCUUCUUUAUAUUAGUCCAUUCUUUUAAUGUCUGUGAUAGAGAUAAGGGAAAAUGAGAACUAAUCUCACACAAAUGCUUAUUCUGACUUGCCUCUCUCCAUAAGAGGAAUUCAAGAUUAUCUAAACCAACUCUGGCUGCCUCAAUUUUAUACCAAGCUUGGUCUAUAGAAUCACUUAGUUGUAGAUUACUGGCGUGAACAAGCAUAUUAGCCUGAGAGAUUUGAUUAACUAGGGGGUAACCCAACCCCCCCGGUGGGCCUUCCUUUAUAAAGUAUAUGUACUAAUUCUUGGUCUCUUCCCUCUCCAAACAUAAGCUGUAAUGCUGUUUUGCAGCAUAUUGAACCAAUAGCUUGAAAUCGAGAGAGGGAGCAUACCGAAUAGGUAUGCCCAUUUACGAAUUAUAUAGGCUUUGAUGGUAUUAAUCCUUCCCCACCAGGAGAUUUCAUGCACUCUCCAUUCUUUUAAUAACAUAUUAGUCUCUUUUAACAAUUUUCAAAAAAUUAAUUUCCAUAGUCCGUCUUAUAUCUGCAGUUAUAAUCACCCCUAAAUAUAUAAACUCUUUUUUUUGUCCCCGCGCUUACUCGGCGCGGGUCGGGCCGCAACACAUGGCGGCGGGCACUUGGUCGCAGGGCUGCGACCGCGGUAUGCUGCACACACACCUAAAGGACCGCUACAGACACCCAGAUCACAUCAGCUCAAUGAAGUGGUCUGGGUGCCAGGUGUCACGGUUCUCGCCGCAGCAAACAGACGGCCAGACGUGGUCACCCAUGGAGUUCCCAACAAGUGACUUGAACCGGGCAACUUCGCAGUCCUGGUCCUGCUUCCUUCCUCUGAGCCACAGCAGCUUUUGUAUUCCACAUGUCAUUCUGGUCCUGUUCAUCCUGGCAUGUCUUUUACUCUGGGGGCUGUACAUUGACUUUGGAUGUGCUUCACCUGACCCUGAUCAGACAUUAGCAGGGUAUUUAAACUCCGCCUCGCCCUGUGAUCAGGAUCAAGUCUUUGAUCCUGUUGUGUGCUUUGUACCAGUGUUCCUGUCGUUUGAGCUGCUACUUGUUAUUGACCCUGGCUUCUGACUACGUUUACUCUGACCUCUGGCAUCCCUUGACUUCGGCUACUCCUCGUUGUUCCUGUCUUCUGGCAUCCUUUGACCUCGGCUAUCCUUUGACUAUCCUGCUGUUUGAGUCCUUGCCUGUCCUGCGACUUGGUACUUCAUCCUGCACAGCCCCCGUGCACAGACCCACAGGCCGGGUGAAUUCUUACCUGACCACCUUGGCCUGUGGCUAUCUGCAAGGGUGAGCAACAUAUCUGCGCUACAGACUCCCAACCCAGGUAAGACCCUGACACCAGGUCCCUCUAGUUUUAACCCUGCAGCUGAAAACUUAGCGGUUUCAGAGAAAUGGCUAUGUUUCACUGAGGGUUAAUCCAGCCUCUGGUGGCUGUCUCAUUGACAGCCGCUAGAGGAGAUUCCGCGAUUCUCACUGUGAAAAUCACAGUGAGAAGACACUGAAUGUACAUAGGAAAGCAUUCAGUAAUGCUUUCCUAUGGGCGGUUUAAAUGCGUGCACGCGUUUCUUGCCGCGCAUGUGCAUUCGGAGCUGAGAGGCGGAGGUAUCCCCAGCGCCAAGGAAGUCCGGCGCUGGAGAAAGGUAAAUGCUGAAGACACACACUCUCACGAAUAGACGCAUACACACUAGCUAACAGACACACACAUUUACUGACAGAGACAUACAUACACACUCACUUACAAAACAUACACUUUCACUGACAAACACACACUCACUAACAGACAUCAGACACACCCAGUAACAGAGACACCCAGUAACAGAGACACCCAGUAACAGAGACACCCAGUAACAGAGACACCCAAUAACAGACACACUAACACACCCACACACUCACUAACACACACACACACUAACAAUAACACACAUUAACACAUGUUUUUUUUUUUUAAAUUCCUUACCUGGGGUCCAGUGGUGGUGCUGCUGGGCUCCUGGGCGGGCGGGCUGUCUUGCUGGCCGGCCGGCGCGCGAGGGAGCACUUUCCCCUGUGUGCUUCCUCUUCCGCUCCCUUGCGCGCCGCGUAGGAAUGCCGGUAUCAGUGCGGUGCGCGAGGGAGCGGAAGAGGAAGCACUCAGGGGAAAGUGCUCCCUUGCGCGCCGGCCACCCAGACAGCCAGCCCGCCGGGGUCAGCAGGGCCAGCCUCGGGGGGCCCUAAAGUGGCCGGCUCCUGGGCCCCCCAGGGGAAGAGGCCCAGUAGUUACAUACCGGGUCACAAGGGCGGUCGGGUCCCCUGGUGGGCCGGUCCUGGUCGCAGCCGCGACCCCUGCGACCCUGGUAUGUAUGCCACUGGAUAAGACAUAUAAUAAAGGCGAGAGAGGACACCCCUGUCUCGUCCCAUUAUUAAUAUAGAACCAAUCUGGGCUACUAUACGGGCAGAGGCAUUCGAAUAUAUGGCUCCCACCGCAUUCAUAAACCACCCUUCAAAACCGAACUGUAACAAAGUUCUCUUCAGAUACCCCCAUCCGACCCUGUCGAAAGCUUUUUCUGCGUCCACCGACAGGGUCAGAAGGGGGUUCCCUCAACCUGAGCCCAUUCUAUAAUGUCCAGAGCCCUGCGGUUGUUAUUUGAGGAGUGCCUUCCCUACAUAAAACCUAUCUGGUCCCUAUGUAUAAGUGAUGGCAAAACUAUUUUCAAACGUUCCGCUAAAAUUGCGGCAUAAAGUUUAAUAUCCACAUUAACCAGAGAAAUAGGACGAUAGUUACUCACAUCAUCUGGGCUUUUGCCCUGUUUCAAAAUUGGAGUAAUAUGUGCCCUUAAUAAAUCUUGAGAUGCAUUCCCUUUUGAUUGCCAUUUCGUUAAAGGUAUCAGUUAACAACGGAAGUAAUUGUCUUUUAAAAACCUUAAAAAACAAAUUCGUAUACCCAUCCGGUCCAGGAGCUUUACUAUUAACAAGCUUAUCAAUUGCUAUCUCACCUUCACGUUGAGAUAUAUGUCUAUUAAGCUUCACCAUCCGGUCAUUAGAUAAUUUGGAUAGAUUAGAAUUUUUCAAAUAAUUGUCCAACAAGCUUGGGUCAGGAGAUUUAUUCAGGUUAUAUAGAUUUUGAUAAAAAGCUCUAAAUUUACUGGCAAUUUCUUCUGAUAUAAUUAAUUCCAUCUCUUAAUUUAGAGAUCUUAUGGUCAGUCAUCUUUUUCUUUAGUUUAUUUGUUAAGACUGAGUCUACCCGAUUAUUCUUAUAAUAAUAUUUAACUUAUUUAAAUUACGUUCUACCCUAUUCUUAAUCUGAUCAUUUAUCUUUUCUUGGUAGACUUUAAUAGCUAAGGCUCUCUCUUCAGAGUAGGAUUGCUUAUUCGCUUUAGAAAGAUUAUAAAAUUGAAUAUAGAGAUCGGACAAAAUAUUGUCUAUAUUCCUUUUUUGGUAACGUGCAAGUUUUAUCCAAUAUCCUCUAAUGACUACUUUACAGGAGGACCAUAAACAUUCUUUAGAUAAAUCUUUGCAGACUCACUUUGCCAAUUUAUAUUUUAAAAUCGCCAUCUACGUUUCGUGUAUUUUUAAGAACUUUGUGGUGGUAGACUUUACUAAUUCCUCUUGUCUUUUCCACGUCUGCUCCUCAUUCUGUAAAAUACAAUUUAGGUAUUCUGUAUGUAUAGAUUUUUUUUUUGUUUGUUUACAUCUUCAUUACUGGAGAUAUUUUGAGUGCCCUUUUAAACACCAACAUAUUUUUGGAAAGGACUGUUUCUGAAUAGAUCAUAAUUCAUAUCCAAGAUUAUGAUUUGUCAGUGUGUGUGAAGUGGAGUGCUGGAUAGCAAAGAUUCUACCAACAGUUUUGCUAGAAUCUGGAACCCAUGUUUUGGGGGCAAGUGACUUAACUGUUUUAUUUCUUGAAUGUAUAUGUUCCAAUUUUUUCUUCUUUCUCAUCUGCUCCUUAAUCUUUAUAUUCCAUUCCCUUUCCAAAUUUUUGCCUAAUUACAUCAUCAAUUUGUCUGAUUAAAGGGACAGUAUAGUCACCAUAUAUCUCUACAUUUCUGCCCAGGUUUAGUGUGGAGGCAUGUUUAAAGGACAACUGCAACCUCAAAGCAAUUUUUUAUACAAUAGUCCAUUCAUCAAAAUUUAAAAAAAAGAAAUGUAUAUUUUUAUAUAUAUAUAUAUAUAUAUAUAUAUAUAUAUAUAUAUAUUUAAAUUAGUUAUAUGUAAAAAAAAUACUCAUCCUUACCUUUAGUAUAUGAUGGAAUCCUUCGGCCAUACACAUGCACCUUGGGUCAGACACUGUUUGAAUUCCGACAGUCUCUAUGGUCUAACCCACUUCACGCCCUACAGAUAGAGGGGAGAUCAGAGAGAACUGUCUGUUCUAAAACACUGUUUGACCCAAAGUGCACCUAUAUGGCUUUAAAAUUCAUAUACUAAAGGUAUGGAUGGAUUUUUCUCUCUCUCUCUCUCUCUUUUUUUUCUUUUUUUGUUUUUUUUUUAAUAUUCUUGAGGUGACAUUUUGUCUUUUGAUUCAAAGUUCGACUCAUCAUGUGCUAACGUGGUGAACCCGCUGAACCUACGUUUAACACAGUUAAGGUAUCGGAUUACUUAUUUGUCUCAAAACACAUGGCAGGUCGCACCCUUCACCAUCCUGUUAAUUGUAGUAUUUUGUAAUAAUAAUAAUAAUCUCUGCAUGUGACUUUGUUGGCAGGAGUGACAAUUAUAUUUGCUUGGCAAGAGUUAUAUCCUAGAAUUCACUUGUAAAAUAGUAACACGUAUUGAUACAUUGGAUGUUUCUAGAAACCUGAAUAUUAUAAAGUUGUGAUUACAGAACUACCCUUAAAGCGGCACUGUUACUGUCUGUGGACUUUGCAGAAUCUGCAGAAAAGACCCCCUUUAUCCCCACCCGAUAAUGGCAUCGACACUUGGGGUACAGUGGACUGGGGUGCUACAAUCUUCCUCUUCAGCUCCAGGUGCUACGCGCAUGUGCAAGAGUACAACAUUGAGGUCUAUGGAAGAUCCUGCAAGACCUCCAUAGAUAAAGCCAAUUUCCUGCAGCCGUCAAUGGGGACAACUGGGGGGAAUUGACACUUUUAGACGGCUGUAGAUCCGACCAGUGUCUCGAAGUGUCAGGGCGUAAGCAAUAUACAAAGACACAGUAACCCCUAUCUUGUCUCAGUAUAUCUCUUGACUGAAUUGGGAUUUUUUUGAGGGGGUGGGAUGACCGUGACGCUUUAAACUGUUUUGACUCGAGUGGAUUAAUCCUAUAGUUGCUAUAUACACGUGAGCAAUGUACGUUAUUGUAUUUUACAUGCUGGGCAUGCAUAAAUAAAAUGCGUCAGGUUCAGACUUAAAACAUUUAAAGAAUAUGGUUUGAUUGGUUUUAAAUUAUACCAGUCAUUCAGAAAUAUCAUGGUGUCACUUUAUAGGUACCACAAUCUAUUAUAUACCUUAUUUGUAUUAUUGAUAGCUGUUUGAUAAAGUAUUUAAAUAGUAUUUAAAUUUUAAAGAGAGUAUUUUCAAUUUACUUAUAUGCUAAGUAAAGCCAACCAAAGUUUGAUGGUUGACCUAGGAUGUUUACUAUAUUAAACACAUUCUCUGGGUUUUCUGUCCACCUCCUGUACUUACUUAUGCAUAUUCAAAACCUGUCCACUGCCCUCCAGUGAUUAGAUUAUGUAAGAAAAAUCAUUGAUCAGCUUCUUGAUCCAAGGAGAGAUCUGGCUGCCAUUCUGGGGUCUAGAAGGAUUUUUUUGUUUUCCUAGUUUAUCGCAAAAUUGUGCUUCAAACCGGGGUUAUUGCCUUUUUGAUCAGCAGCAAAAACAGAUGUGAGAGAGGCUGAACUUGAUAGCAGUUGAUGUUUUCUUCUCCAGCCACGUAACUCUGUAACUAUGGUUUUUGAGGUGCCUGUAAUGUUUUACUAUUGUAUUGAUGGUUUCGAUGUAUUGGAGAACUAAAGAAAAAGUCACAGUCUGUGCUGUGUAAGUCACAGCAAGAGGAAGUGAGGCUGGGGCUGCCUGGACCGAUACAAAAUUGAUUUAGAUCGUAAGUGGCAGAGAACUGAGCUUUUAGACUGCAGGGGCAUGAUCUAUACACCAAAACUGCUUUGUUAAAGGAUCACUAUAGUGUCAGGAAACCAAACUCGUUUUCCUGACACUAUGUCAUCCUUUGGGGACCCUCACUCUCAGGGUCCCCCUCCUGCUGGGCUGAAGGGGUUAAAAUCCCUUCAGCAGUUUACCUUAUUCCGGCGCUGGUGACCUCUCCUCCCCCGCCGAUGUCAGCUCUCAAUGCUUUCCUAUGGAUGUUCUGCACGUUGGAUGCAGAAGGGCCUGUAGCAGCUGUCAGGAAGACAGCCACUACAGGUUGGAUUAACCCUUCUCUGAAACUGCUAUGUUUACAUGUGAAGGGUUAAAAUCUGAGGUACUUGGCACCCAGACCACUUCAUUGAGCUGAAGUGGUCUGGGUGACUAUAGUGUCCCUUUAAGCUAAAGUGUUUUUUUUGUUGUUUUUUUUUGAGACUAUAGUGUCCAUUAAUAGUUGUACCCUAGAAUGAGUCAUAAGCACUUACUGUGUAAAUAGAAAGAGCAGAUUGGAUACUUUCCUCCCUAUAUUCACAUCUCCAAUAUAUCAUAUAUCGUCUGAUAACUGCUCUGCUUAGGCUGGUUCAUAGAUCGUCCUUUCCCUUUUGGACUGGCUACAAAGAGGAUGAGAUUUGGUUAAAAGUUUGGGGAGUGAAGUCAGCAGAUUUAAAUGACCCUGUGUAACCAGUUUCCUGGGAUUAGUAUGCUUUUCCUGAAACCUAAUAAAGUAAUGUUGUGAUCCAGAUUUUUAUAUCUUUAUAAAUAUGUCUGUAAUGGGAUACCGUAGAGUAAUAAGUACGAUUGUAAAUUGGAACCUUGAUAACAGUACACCAAUGUUUUAUGCAAACAUUCUCUGAAAAUGACCAUGCUCUCAAUACAUGAACACUAACAAACAUGCACUCAGGAAUGUAGGGUGACUUCAUUUGCAGCAGUGAGUGAAUGCAAGUCCUCUUCUCAAAACAAUGCUUCUCAGGAUGUAAAACAAAAGACAGGGAAAGAGAUAAGUAAGUAGUUGAUUCUUAUCUACUGGCAUAACUUGUACAAACCAGCAAUCCGUUUUAUUGCAGUAUGUACUUCUUUCUCUUGUCUAAUGGACGUGAUGCAGCAAAGAUCACUGCCUGAAAUAAGGCAGGCAGUAUAAAGCAAGGACAUUAAUGAUUUUUUUAAAUUUUUUUUUAAAUGGGAUUGUAUAAUAAUUACAAUAGUUUAAGAAGCCACUUCAGUGGCUCGUGAUUUUUAUUUUAUUUUUAUUUUUUAAUGGCAUCCUUAAAGGAGUGUUCGUCCAUUUUUAUUACUUUUUGAAUACAACUUCCAUUACCUGAUCCGAGUUAUCAUUGGAAAAAUAACUGGACAGGAGAAUAAUUAUUAAUCCAUUGUUUUCCUGCCAGUUUUCUGGAAACUAACUUGUGUAUAUUGGCUGAAUGCAGACUGAUUUUUGCCAAUUUGAUUGAUUUGUCAUUUGAUAUGGUUCAGAAUGUAAAGGAGUUAAAUAACACAUGAAUGCAUUGAGAAGUACAGAGGUUGUCCUUUAAUUUAAAGCUUUGCCCAUUGGAUCAGGCUAUGCAUGGUUUAGGGGAGAGAGCAUUUUAAUCAUGAAUAGUUGGAUUGAAGCACCUUGGAAAAAGUGAGAAAAAAAAUGAGCUCAUUACUUUUAUCUCUAUUAACAAACUUUACCGUUGACUGUUUUCAUGCCCCAUGCUUCUCUUAAAGGAGCAUUAUUGGGUCAAGAACCCUCAUGUGUAUUUCUGACCGUAUAGUGUUAAAAUUGCUUCUGGCCCCCCCUUGCCUCCUUAAAUGUAACCUUAUUUCCAGUGCCGGCACUGGCUCAGAUUAUUGGCUGACAGAAUUGAUGAUCUCAGUCAAUCACAAUGAUUUCCCAUAGGAAAAUGGAUUGGCUGAGAUUGCAACUUAUGACAAUCUUAGCCAAGGGAGCGAGGGUGGAGCUAAACGCUGUGCUGGCCAGUCAGCAUCUCCUCAUAGAGAUGCAAAAAAUCAAUGCUAUGGGGGAAGUUUAGCAUGUACAUUAAGCUGUUGUUGUUCUGGUGACUACAGUGUCCCAUUAAGUCUUUAUCCAAUUCUAAUCUUCACCUAAAAUUCCUGUUUGUUCCUAUCUGAAUUCUUCAGUGCCGGGUGAAUGAUUUCCUUGAUAAGUUUUUUCCACAGCCAGAUGAUCUGCAAUCAAACAGACCACCACGUACACAAACCGUAUGGAUUCUGUGUACAGGAUGUGUGUGAUCUUUGGGAUAAUUUCCAGAGGAAGUCUGUUCACCCCAAAUUAAUAUCGUCCAUUACAUGGAGCACUGGGAGUGGAAAGUUUUAAAUCAUUAUUAUGCUUAAAUAAGCAUUGGAAUGAGAAUAUAGUUUGAUAACUUUGUGCAAAUGGAAGAAGAUGAUGACAUUGUUUCCCUACCGUUCUGCACUUUGGGAUGUAAUCAGAAUUAAAAUAGGUCAGGGAUGCUGGCGUACUCCUGGAGGUUUGAAAUGGCAGUAGCAAGCUUUUUAUGCCAGCUCAGAAUUCAAAACAAGAAUUGCUAAGGGCAGGGAGCGAAGGUGUUGCCUCAGUAACGGGGGAAUAUGUCAUAAUAAUAAUAAAAAUCCAAGAAACAGAGAAGUUUCAGUGGAAAUCUACAAUGACCACGGAAUCCGGACAGGAUGUUUGUAGCUCAAAAUAUUUGUCAAGGUUUCAAAGGAGUCUUUUCCAUGGCUGCUGUUUUACAGCGGAUCUAUUCAUCUAGGCCAAGUCAACAAAUCUAUGAUUUGUAUCCCUAAGACCUUUACUGCUCCACUUUCAACCAGUCUCCAAAUAUUUAAAUUCUACAUAGGUUGGAUACAUCCUUUACCUGUGUUUAUAACGUGUCAUGUACUCCACAAUCGCAUACACCUGCAACUACGAAUAGGAAAUCAACCCUACUGGAGUGCUUCAUUGUUCCAAAGAGACACUAAACUUUAACUUUAAUUAAAAAAAAAAAAAAAAACUUUUUAAAAAAAAAUAUUUAGUAUUUAAUACAUACAUGACUUCUCCACUGUCCAGAUUUUAUGGACAAUUGAAUUUUGAACCACUGGUGGUUGUUGAAGACUUGUUUGAGAUGCUCUGCCCAUUUUUCUUCUCAAUCAGUGGGCUCUGCUUCAACGGACACUAAAGCUUAAAAAGCCACACUUUUUAAGGGUUUAAGAUGUAUAGGAUGCAGUCCCACUGACGGAUGUGGGUGAAGUCCUACUGUAUUCAAAUGAUUUGACAAAAAAUGAAGUAUUCCAAACAAUCAAAUCCUGCACCCACUGCUUGCGACAUUAUAAUGAGGAACUUUAAUGGCUUCCUUAUUUCCCAAAAUAUUUUUUUAGUAAGUGCAAUUCAGUUGCACCUCUACUUGCCAGUGAAUUAACACAGGCAAGGGAUACACAGCUUCCGUAUCCUCUAUAUGCCAUCAUUUCUAUGAUAAGAUAUAUUUUUAAAGUAGAGUUGUAAUUCUAUUACUUUUUUAACAUAGUUUUUAUUAAAAAAAAAUAUUUUCUUAUUUUUGUCGUGCAAUAAUUGAGAAAUAAGCAUGCAUAUAUAUAUCCAUAGUUUAAAAUAAAUCAUGAGAGGUUGCAGUGUCAGUUCAGGAUAUACCAAGAGUAUUGCACAUGUUCUAAAAAGGAAAACACAAUUAACACAAUUGAGUCAGGGCAGAAAUAAUAGAAAAGAUAAGAUGCUCAGCUAGACAGACUGACUACACAGUAUAGAAUGCAUGAGAAUUAAACUACCAAGUAUUGUAAAUACAGAAAGGGGCAACGGAAGAAAAAUUAAGGCAUUUUCAGAAAAAGUGGGCAGCAGCCCUUCAUAUACAAAUUACAAACUCGGUAAGUCAAGCUAAAAGGGAAACCGUUUAUAAAAGAGUAUUACGUUGGUAUAAAACACACAACUCAAUUUAUAUUUUCCAAAUUUAGAUAAGGAGUGUUGGAGGUGUGGACAGGAAACCGGCACCUAUGAACAUAUUUGGUGGUUCUGCCCAAAAAUUCAAGUAUACUGGCAACAGGUCAUUGACUAUAUAAAACAGGUAUUACCCUUACCCUUUACUUUAUCACCCUCUCAGAUACUGUUGGGUUGGCCAAACUCCUUCUUAGAUAUUACGAAGCUGAAGCUUUUAUGGUUCCUAUUAAAUGAAGAAAAUGCCUUAAUACCUACUCUUUGGAAAAAGACAAUUAUACCAACUAUGGUUCAAUGGGUAGAUAGAGUCAAAAACACAAGAGUGAUGGAAGAAUUACAUUGGUGAGCAAAUAGUAAAAAACCACAAAGAUAUCUAAAAAUAUGGGAACCCUGGAUUACUCACUGGAACUCUGGGAAAGGGAAGUAGGUGGGAGCACUAGGAGGAAUUUAUAAGCACCAUAGCUGAACUAGGUUUAAGCAUUGUAUGAGCUUUCUUUUUUUUUUCAUUUUGGUUUGGUUCUACAACAGUCAUCCUCGAUUUAUGAUCUAGAAAUCUUGACUAUUGACUUAGUUAAAGAGUAAGAAUUGGACUAAUCUAUCAAGAUAUUAAUUUACAGCUUAGACUAUUAUGUUGAGUUCAUUAUUUAUUUAUUUUUUGGUUAAGGAGAUUAUCAUUUAUAAGUAAAAUGACAAGAUAAGUGUAAUAUGUUAUAAAUGAACUCAAACUUUGCAUUGUACUAGAUUAUAAAAAUUGUAUAAAACAAUAAAAAAAAAGUAUUGUAAAUACUGAGCUCAGGUAGUAACCUUGACGUGUGUGGAGUGAAGGGGCACAAAAUAGGCAACAGAAACCAUGCUGCAGGUAGUAGCUAGGUAGAAACAAAAACAUUUGUAAUUACUUGGGUAAUCGCUCAGACCAGAUGGGCCCAUGACAACAGUCCCCUAAGCCUGUGACGGCCUGGCUGAGUCCAUACAGGUACAGUAGGGAAUUCAUGUUUCCUUUGAUGCCGCAACAUUCAGCAUCACUGCAGCCCCAGGUGUUGUCAGGAACUAUCUCCAAGCGUCCACAGGCUUCUCUCUUGUUCACUGGGAGAAAGCCUCUAAAUCCCGGGUGGAGAUGUGGUACCCCAGUGUGUGGACCAUGGGCGUUUGCGUUAACCUUCUUGGUUCUCCACCUAGGUGGGGGGCGCCGAACCGGAGCUCUAACUGGAGGUUGUGCCUUAGGUGUGGGCAGCGUAGGUGGCUUUCACAGAUCCUCCCAGCUGCUCCAGGACCGCUGGCACACGGCAUCAAACUUCCACAGAAAUUCUGCUUCCCAGUUUCUGAGAGGUGCUUCAUCAUGUGCAAUGUUGCUGCCAUUUUGCAAAGGCUGGAUGUGGGCCGCCUUCAUAGGAGUCACCCAGGUGCGGUUCCGUGGUAGGUGCUCACUUGGUGGGGACCUGGAUAACCCCCAGUGGUCCGGGGGGGGACUGUGGGGCUCAGAUUGGUGGGGACCUGGAUAACCCCCAUCCCGGAGGGGUGGAGUGCGGGGUCCGGGUUAUCUUCAAGAGAAAGAGACCGUGUGUCCACCCGGACGGAGAGAUCGGACCCCUCCCCAGCCAGGGAAGCACCAGGCCGCAGCAAGGGGCAGGCACGUUUGCCAGUUAACAAGGAUAGCAAGCCUGAAACCCACUUCAAAGAUGCCCCAGCAGUGCCAGACAAGGGUACCAACAUGGGAAUGUGCAGGAACAGGGUACUUGCACCCUAUAACAAACAAUUCAAGGAUAGUCCGUAGCUCAUGCUGCCUGCAACCAUCCAAUAUGGCCUCCAAGCCCCGCUCUCCUUUUAUUUUAGGGCAACAAUUUUAUGAUGCCAGAAAAAAAAAAAAGGGUUAUACAAAUACAGUUUAAAAUUGUUACAGAGAUUGAAACCAUUAUAUUUCAUUUACUCCAAGGAGCUGUAAUAAAAAUUAUACUUUGCUUUUCAAUAAAAUGUGAUUUGUUAGGAAUCCAAAGUAAAUUUUAAAUUUUAGGUAAAACAUUUAAUUGAAAACAGCUGGCAAGGAGAUGUUUCCUAUUUUGCCUUAAGUUUGAAAUGCAAUUCUGUUUGUUGAUUCAUGGGAUUGUAAUCGUUUAGAACAAAGGAUUUAAAUUGGAAAACUUUCUUCAACAUAUUUUAACUCCACUUUUUCCAUAUCUGUUUUGACCCAAAGUUUGCCAUUCAGUAUGAAUUCACAUGUUUAGUGAACAUACCAGCUAGUCCUUGGUUAACCAUGGUGAAAUCACUGUAAUAUUUAUUAUGCUUUUUAUUUUUACCUGCCUAUUGCUCCAUCAUUCAGUUUAUCUUGGCUGACCCGUUUGGAUAAAGAAGUGUUUCUGUUUGGAAGUAUGAAAUUUGUUUUUGGAAAAAAAAUAAAAAAUUAUAUAUAUAUAUAUAUAUUAAGAAUCCUGUGAAUUUGAUAGUUAGGAUGCAUUUAAAACAAAAGUUGUAUUCACUGGCAGCCUGAGGAAAAUGAAAAUCUUGCUUCGUAAUCUGCUUAUUCAGAACUGGAAGAAUUCAGGCUCUUAACUGAGUCCCUUUUUACCUAAAUGGCUGCCAGUGCUUGAAACCUCCCUUGCUGCUAAAAAGGCUUAACCCCUUUUAGCGAUCCAAGGAGUUUUGUCACACACAUUAAGCUUUGAAUAGUCUGUGUGUGUUCUUAAAUGUGGUUUUCACACUUCCAUCAAGUCCUCGUCACCCACUUGUUUGUCAAGUCAUUCAGAAAUAUUACAUUUCAGAGUGGUGUCAAUAUGAAGCCUCAUUCCCAGGAACUCUAGAAAGGCAGUUGUUUCAGAUAGUCAGUGCUUAAGACUGCAUAUAUUUUGGCUGUGUAAAUCUUUUGUAUGCAGUUUUUGUAGAAGCAUACAAUGCAUUUUAUUUUUUUUAUAAACACAUCUAUAUGAUUUAUCCUUUGGAGCAAGUGGCCUCCUAAUUGUCACAAUCUUGUUCUUGAUUUUCCUGAAAACUCUUAAAGGGGAAUUGUAAGUACCAAAUCCUCUACCUUAACCAGAUAGAGACCACAUGCUGGUCUAUGCUAUAAUGCAGUGCAAAACUUUAAAGGGACACUAUAAUCACUAGGACCACUAAAGCUCAGUGGCUGUGGUGUCUAUAGCCUGUCCCUGCAGGCUGACCACUGUAAAAGCUACUUUUUCUAAGAAAAGACAGAGUUUACAUUGCUGUGUUGGAACACCUCUAGCCGCAGUCACUCAUACGGCCACUAGAGGUGCUUUCUAUCUCAGUGCUAACAGUGUGCGGCACUGAAUGUUCCCCAUAGAUAUUGAUUCAAUGCAUUUCCAAGAGGAGAUGCUGCUUAGCACAGCGCAGUGUUUUGCUGUGCAUGCGCAAUUGCCUCCUGAAGCAUUGGAUUGGCUGUGAUCAUCAAGACGGAGACCGGCGCGAUGAGUGAGAAAAGAUAAGUAAAACAUCUUUCCCAUUCAAUUGGAGGGGUGACUAGUCACAUUUUAAACACUGUAUUGUUAGUAAUAAAUUUUUGUAUUCCUAACACAGUUUUCCUUUAAUACCCGCUGACAGCAUAGACCAUCAUGCAAUAAAUAUAUCAGCAGGAGUUUGGCCCCAAACAAUUAGUGGCCCAAACUGACAGAUAAGCUAUUUGCAGCGCUGCACAUAGCCCUUUAAAUCCUUUGAAAUACUGUAUCUGAACGAUUGCGCUGAGCCACGCUAUUUCUAAGUGUGCCAACAGCUUGCCCACGGCUUAAUCGAGGGAACCACAGAUAACCUUUCGAUACCUGAGGGUCCCCUCCAAGUGAGCGCCGUAUCAGUCCUUUAAACUGAUUUAAUUACCACAGCUGAUCGAUCGCACUCAGCUGUGGUAAUUUUACAAAUGCCUCCAGGCAUUUAGUGUGCAACCCAGUACCAGGACGACCCAUCCCCCCCGCGUCUGAAAAGUGACAGGUGAGGUCUCUCUGCAUGCCCCUUUGUCCAGUGGUCAGUGCUGAUCUUUGCCAGCUGCCCCAACACCGACCACAGUUACUGGAGCUGCAGCGUGAGUAAUGGCUUUUCCUCUCAUGUUGCAGUCACACAAUACAAAGUGCUCACAGCCCUCUGCACUGACAUCAACAGAGGGAAUCCUGCAAAGGGAAAUUAGGGGUGAGAUUAGAUUAGGAGAAGGAUUAGGAUUUUGAUUAUAGAUAGGAUUAUGGGUAGGUUUAGUCGUUGGAUUAAGAGUUUGAUUAGGGGAAAUGUUAUCUCGGUACAGUAGAAGAAUACAACUACAUGGGGUGUUUUAUAAUAAUGGAAAAUAGAAUUUGUGUGAAAAACCACAAACAUUUAAUAUUAUGAGAUUUGCGAUAAAAUGAAGUGUCAAAAUGCUCUUAGUUAAAUAGCCUGGAGGAUGUACUUUCUAUAAAUAUAUAUUUUAGUGUAGCAGUUUUAAAUUAUUGUAACUACUGUAAACUACCAUAAACGUUGGAAACUCAACAUGCCAAAUAUUGCAAAGAUUUUUAUCUUUAAAACUGUAAUUCACUACUUUGUUUUAUAACUUUAAAAAAAAGAAUUGGAGCCUUAGACAUAGUGGACCUUUGACAAUCAGGACUAAUUAGUGAAUCUGUUUUGAUUUAGUUUUCUUUAGUUGUACUUGUGUAGAAAUAAUUUAUAUGUAUAAGUGGGAUUUUUUUUUUUUUUUGUAUAUAUUUUUAAUAUUAUUCAUUCAUAUUUUAUUUUGUUAUUGAUCCAUAUAGGGUAUUAAAAGAAAGUUAUAUUUCUUCUCUUUAAUACAUUAAAUAUAUAAUAUGUAUGGGUGCACUUAAACAGAAACGGAAAAUUUGUGAUAACAUGAACGCAAAAGUACCAAAAAAACUGCUACUCAAAGAACCUUGGUCCCUAAGCGGUUAAUAAUAGACACCUCUAGUGGCCACCAGAGGUGCUUCAUUGUUACAUGCUUCAAUUUACGAUGCUCUUCACAUUUUGAAUCAUCACACACACCAUAUGACAACGCCACAUGGGGCUAACACCUCUCAUAGAGAAGCAUUGGAUAAUAACGCGCAGAUCAUAUCCAUGUAGUUUGGGGGUCCUUAUAAUGCAGGAUUGGACAUACAUGUCCUGGUUGGCUUCAGAUUAAUAGACGUUUCACUCCUGAGUGGCUCCUGACGUCAUUCUACUAGAGGGAACUGAAAUGGCUGCUUCUCAGGACUGUAACUCCCAGUAAAAAUACAUACAAGAAAAACUUUAAACUAUCUUUUAAGGCUCAUCAGUUUUUUUUGUUUUUUUCGGUAAACUGUUACUUUUCAUUGCAUUGUUGAUGUCUUACACAAACACCCCACGUGGCUUUUUUUUCAUGUCAUACUUUAAUGCUUCAGUUUAAAAUGCUGCAUGUGCAGUUGGAAAUUCUAGAAGAAAUGUGGAAACAUGAUUUCUCUGAAUUAUUCUUUUUAAUUGACUUCUCCAAAGGCCCUACUUGAGAUAUGUAGGUGAUUCACAACAGUUAAGAGUUAUGUUGUGUUCGGCUCACGCAACUUAUUUUAGCACUUUUUUUUUACUACUAAAUUAAAACACUCUCUCCUCUCUUUUCAUUUUAUAAAUUUACAAUUUUUACAAAACAACUUAAGUGCAAUUUAAAUACUUGUGAAACAAUCAACUUUAACCCUUAAAUGAUCAGCAACAUACCCCUCUAGCACGCAAAGGGUUUAUUGCAGCUGUCCAAGUAUCCUAGGAACAAAAUGAAUUGCCUGUAUUUAGCUUACUAAAUAAGAGACAUUUGGAAAGAAGGGAGUGGGUGGAUGCAUAAGCACACGCCAAGGAAACUCGUUCUUCACUUGUGAGGGGUAUGGCAUUUUUUAUUUUGUCGAUUUAGCGUCUGAAUUGUGCAAGAGUUGUAAAAGCCAAAAAGAAUUUAUCCAGAUGUGACUCACCACUUGGCUGCACCCAAUUAACACUUCCCCCAUUAAAUUCAUUUUUUUUCCCUAAGCAUUUCAAUUACAGCCAAUCCUAUCUAAGGUAAUGAGAAAUAAUCAAACUCAUAUUAUGAGCGGUAUAAUGGGAAUUGGUGUGCCAUGUCUAAUUACAUGUAUCAUACAGAAUGAUUUUCCUUUUGAGGACAUUGUUACAUCAUUUAUAUCAAUUUAACGUCAUAUUCUUGCAGCCUAACUCGCUCAAACUCUGUACUAAUUUUUCAGAAGUGUUGCUAAAUGCAAUGAAUGUGAUGUAUACUAUAUAGAGGAUAAAGCAAAAUUCAGAGUAGGGAUGGGGAGUCAAUAAGUUUUUUUGCUUUUUUAAAUGAAUGAACCAAUUUCAAUGAUAUUACAUACAGUGAAUGCUUAAUAUUUGGAGAUUUGUUUGACAAGGUACGGAAGAUGACAUCUUUUAAAUGAGCUCCAUUUGCCACCUCGGAAAGUCGUGCUCUUUGAUUGCAUCGUUUAUAACAUUAGCACUUUAGCUUGGUGAAAAGCUUUAUGUGUGAAGAGUAUGUCCUUUUUUAAAGAAAUUUACACUUUUAAAAAUGAACCUGGUUACACCCCCUUGGCUUUCAAGCAGACAACCAGUCUUGUUACUUCCUGGUUGGAUAGCUCCGUGGAGCUAAACUCAAGAGGCAGCAAUUGCUCAGAGCACCUGCCUUGCAAAGACUUCUCAUUCAGCUGCAUUGGGAAGUCUGUGAUUGGACAACCAAAGAAAGUCUGGGUGGAAUUAGAAGGGGAGGGCUUGCAAAGGCUUCAGGCAAAAGAACUGUAGGUUUUGCAAUCUGUUUUUUGCAUGAUUUCAUUUUGUGUAAAUCUACUAAACAAUGAAUUGUAUUUCUUUUUUGUUUGGGCAGUGGAAUGUCCCUUUAAUGUUUGAGGCUCUAGCACUCAAAUUUCUACCUAGAUAUACUCCUUGAGCUGCUCUAGUGUUCACAUGCACUCGCUCCUUCAGAUAUCCCCAUAGGAAGUAAAUUGGAGCUUUUGAAAUUAUCCGCUUGCCGAACAGUAGUUUCAGGAGGUCCUUAGUGGCUCUGGCUGUAUGGAUAGUUGAAUCCUGUUGAAUGCAUAUUUCAACACGAUUUUCCACUAUAGGAUGUAAACUAUUUUCUCAUCUCACACCAAUAAAAUUCCACCAUUUUUAUUCUAUGUUCCUUUGAGAAAUUAUCAUUACUAUGAUGCAUCUCCCAAGACUACAUUAUAAUAUGUACCUGCAACAAAAUGUUUUAACUGCUAGCAAAUAAGUUAUUUACCUGUCAAAUCCUACUCUGAAUUUUGGCCCACCCUGUAUUAUAUGAAUUAUGUAUUUGAUAUGCCUUACUGUUACAAAGUCUCCUUAGUCCUCUUUGCAAUUUCAAGCCACUGAUAUAAAAUAUUCUGGAGAGCACAUAGAAGCUAGUAGACACAAACGUAAUAACUCUUAUUGCAUAUUCUUAUUAAAAAAAGUACACUGCUGACCGAAGUUUCACUGCUCACACUGGGAAUAAUCUGUAUUACAUACUUUAACCCCUUAACGCCGUUACGGCGUUCUAUGCCGUCGCGGCUUUAAAGGGCUUUAAAGCCGUUGCGGCGGCAUAGAACGUCGUAACGGCUUAAGCCCGGGGGAGGUGAGAUAUACUUACCUACACCGCGAUCCUCUUCUGGAGGGCUGCCUGACAGCCCGGGCAACCCUCCCCCUGCGAAUGAGGCCCCCUAUAGCUGGCUGUGGAUCUGCCAGCAGGGGGACUGUCUGAAAUAUGAGACCGUCAUUAAAUUAAAAAUAAAUUAAACGUGUGUGUGUGUGUGUGUGUAUAUAUAUAUAUAUAUAUAUAUAUAUAUAUAUAUAAUUAUAUAUGUGUGUAUGUAUGUAUAAUUACAAUAAUAAAUAAAAUAAUUAAGUAAAAUAUUGAAACAAAAUUUAAUAUAAAUUUAUAUAUUCAUAUGUAAUUUCAUUCUAACUGUGUUUUGUUAUUAUAUAUGUAACAAAAUACACUUAGAAUGACAUUCUAUAUAUAUCUAUCUAUAUAUAAAAUACAAAUAACCGCAAAUAUAUAUAUAGAUAAAUACAUAUAAUUACAUAAAAGAUUACAUUAGUAUACACGUAGAAUUUAAAUACCUAUAAAUGCAUAUAUAUUAAAAUUCUAUGUGUAUAUUUAAGUAAUCUUUUAACAUAAUUAUGUGAUUUGAUUAAUUAAAAUUUGAUUGACAUGCCUGACAACACAGGGAGAAAGUGCAGAGAAUUUAAUUCGCAAGCACUAUAUUUGACCCUGUAACUCUCCAAGACACCAUAAAACCUGUACAUAGGGGGUACUGUUUUACUCGGGAGACUUCGCUGAACUCAAAUAUUAGUGUUUCAAACUGGUAAAUUGUAUUACAACGAUGAUAUUUUAAGUAAAAGUGAAUUUUUUUGCAUUUUUUUACAAACAAACAGCACUUUUAUGGGCUAUAUUAUUGUUGUAAUAUGUUUUACUGUUUUAAAACACUAAUAUUUGUGUUUAGUGAAGUCUCCCGAGAAUAACAAUACCCCCCAUGUACAAGUUUUAUGGUGUUUUGGAAAGUUAUAGAGUCACACAUAAGGCUUGCAUUUCAUUUUUUGACAUUGAAAUUUGCCAGAUUGGUUAUGUUGCCUUUGAGACCGUAUGGUAGCCCAGGAAUAAGAAUUACCCCAUGAUGGCAUACCAUUUGCAAAAGUAGACAACCCAAGGUAUUGCAAAUGUGGUAUGUCCAGUCAUUUUUAGUAGCCACUUAGGCGCAAAUUCCAGUUUUUGUUUACGUUUUGUUUUGAUCAAAACUUGUACUAUUGACUCCGUCCUGAAGUGGUUAAAAGAUCUUUGUAUCUAUAAACAUAUAUUUCUUUUUAUUGAUAACUUGAGAACAGAAUUCCAAAUUCAAUGCAAAUUCAAGAAAAAAAAUUCCCCAAGUCAACUGUCCACCGCUUAGUUUUUCCACUGGUUUUUGAAUGUGUUUAAAGAUGGCGCAUCCCUUGCCAAUUCUGACUGAAAGUUUGCAAUAUACACAUUGACCCAUAUGGGUCUGUAUCCUACUUUGCAUUUUGUGUGGAUUAAAAUGCCAUUAAAUGGGGUCUAUUCAUUAUACUCCAAAUUUUAGCAAGUUAGAAGCCAACUGAGUACAGUUCAGUUUGGAGAAUUUCUCCAAAUCUGUUAUAUUUGCUUAAAUAUUACCAAUCAAGUUUCAGAUUGCUACAAUUUGUAGUUUAGUGCAUAACCCUGAGAAGCACGUUUCUGUGAGUAUAUAUCAUUUAUUAGCAGUUUUUGUAUUUAACUUUCCGUGUGUGCCUUCAAAGCAUAUGUAUUGUUGUAUUCAGAUCUAUACACACUCAAUUUCCAUAUCAUAGUAUUUGUUUUUUCUUUAUUUUUGUGUUGUUUUUUUUUCUGUUUAAAUAAACCUUCAGUUGCUAACACAUGUUUUCUAACAGCAGGAGGGGACUGUAUGCUGGAAAGCGGCUGAACAUAUUUCCUGUUAUUGAGGAGGUUGAACAGCCAACUGGAACAGGUCGGUUUAGAUGGAUACUCUGUGUUCCCAAGGUGUCAGGUGUUGUGCUGUAAUUCUGUUACCUUUUUUUUUUUUUGCACGGUGGCAAUGUACUUCGCAAUACUAGAAAGUAUUUGCCGAUAGGGGGUACAAUACACACAGGUGACGUGCUGUGGGUUACAGAUCCUUUUAAGAUCAGAACAGGCAUGUCAAAAUGCAGCGCUCCAGUUGUGGUAUCUCCAAGAAGCCUUUGCUUACUAAACAUCACUGAACAAAUUGUACAAUGAUGCGCAACCUUAACAUGAUACUCCUUUUUAGUUUUAAUAGAUAUGCUUUGAUAAAAGUUCGUUUUUUCCAAACUUGAGAAGUGUGAAAUCAGGGCAUAUAUAUACACAAAUAUAUAUACACAUAUAUACACAAAUUUAUUUUGAACAGUGUUUGCAUUUCCAUCAAUCACUAUGAAGAAUGCAGAUUGCCUCAAUCAGUGACUGUCACUCACUUCAAACUAUGAUGAUUUUAUUUAAUUUACAUUGAACCAACAGAAGACCUGAACUAAGUCCACCUCCUGAUUUCAAAGCAAAAUAAAGCUCUCUCGCUGUUGCUUUGGUGAGACAAUCUGCAAAGAUAUGCCCUGAUUUAUAUAUAUAAAGAAAGAAAAGGAAAAAAAGCCCUGCACUCCUACUCACUCAGUAUUCUUUAGACCCGGUGCUCGACUGCACUAAUAGACAUGAAACAAAAAUAGUCAGCACUCCCAGGGUUUGUAAAAAGAUUCAAAUUUUACUCCAAUAGUCGACGUUUCAGCUCCACUUGGGAGCUUUCAUCAGGACAGCAUACAUGAUUUAUAUAUAUAUAUAUAUAUAUAUAUAUAUAUAAAACAUAUUAUUGUCACCCUCAAGUCAAAUUCAAUGUUUUUAAAACAACUGCUUUUUUUAAAAUACCUGAUUGCUCUCUGCACCGAAACAGGGCUUAAUGGAACACUUAGAAAUGAAUCUACUUGGGAAGCUGUUAAUUCGUAUGGAGAAUCGCUUACUUUAAAUCCGGAAUGAAGAGUUAUAAUCACUCAUACUCUGGCAGUUCGGGAGGAAACUGACGAACGGGUAUAGGCGAUACCAGUGUUCCUGACCCUAUAGUGCUCCUUUAAUGUAGUUGUUGUUGUUAUAAUAAUUUGCCAUUUUUAUAGCUCUUUUCUUCCUGUGAGACUCAAAGCACUUUACAAGCAUACGAAUAUAUAGGCAAAAAAGUUAGGAGUUUCUGAAGGUCAGCUGAGCGGAGUGAAUGCCUGAUGGAAGAGGUGGGUCUUUAGCUUUUUUUUUUUUUAAAGUCUGUAAGGAUGGUGCCUCUCUGAUUGCGCAGGGUAAAGAGUUCAAGAAGGUAGAGGCAGUGUGGCUGGAUGCCCUGGAAACAGUUGUUCUGGUGAGUAUAAUCAUUACCUGCAGGCAUUUUCAUGCAAACACUGCAUUUUUAGAGAAAACUCCUCAGAUGGCCACUGGAGGUGCUUCCUGGGGUAGUGCUGCAGAGUAGGCACUGCUGUUCAGCGUCUCCACACUCUGCAUGGAGAUGCUGAGUUUUCCUCAUAAAGAUGCAGUGAUUCAAUGAGGAGGUGCUGGUCCCACCCCCUCACCCUAUGGGAAAGCAGUGUAUUGGCUAAAAAUCAGCAAUUCUGAUUAUGUCACCAAGGAGACAGAUCGGGGGUGGGGCACCCCGUAUUUCAGAUGAAGGAGCUCCCGAAAGUUGACCGGCAAAAGCACCAAACGACCUUGAUCUAUUUUGGGCAUAGGACCACUUGUGCGUCUGUUCACAACUUUAACACGGUGAUGUUUUUCCUACACUGCAUGGAUCGGAGCGCUAUUUGGAGAACUUAGGUGCUUAGAUCAGGGCUAUUUGGGGAUGUAUUAUUUGUGGGGUUAGUGUAUUAUGUUUUUGGGUACUUUUAUUUUUUUUUGUUUUUGUGUUGGAUUCUCCUGUUCCUGGGAGAUAAUUAGCUUACUGGUCAUUAACUCAGUUAUCUCCCAGGCCCAGAGAUUCCUUGUGUUGAAUACAAUAGAGACCCCAUGCAGGGGGCUGUGCAUAAAACACAGAGUUUGGCUCAUUAAAAUCAGUUGUACUCCCAGAACUAUGUGUCGUCUAGUUACUGGGAGGGGAAAUGCCUAAUCACUGCUCAGCACCUUGUUCCAGCUCGUGGAAGAUUUGGGGGAGGGGGGGGGGGUCUCAGUAAAGACUACAGCUCCCAGGACUGUGUAUUGUCCAGUCCCUGGGAGGAGAUAGAGUUACUCCCCUACACUGUUCCAGGACGGAGAGGCUCCAUGAUGAUCCCAGUCACGCCACUGUGACUGGGGCAGAAGCACUGAGGUUUUUCCCAGUUCCAGCAAGGAAGCGGUCCUUGGCGGAGGUACCCAGCCGGGGUACAGGGAGCUCCACUACACCUUGAUACUUGCCAACUGGCUUUAGUAGUCCAUUUAUUUUUGGAAAAACAAAAAACUAAACAAAAAAACACUAUCUGGAGGCAGAUUCACAACAUGCACCAUUUAGUUGUGGUGCUGCUAGAUCCUAAAAUAAGUAAACUUUGAUAUAUCUUCUUUGGAUGCCCAGAUCUCCAAAAUAUGAAUUUUACUAGAUAGUUUGGGGAAGGAAGUUUUUUCAGCGGGUAGUAGACUGAUACCAUGCAUUGCUUUUUCCAUCUAUUUUUGUAGUACUUUGCGUAUCUGACCUCCUUGGUUGCCCAACUCUUACACAUAGUAGCGUGGGUGUUUCCCUGGCCUACAUGACGCAUAGUUAACAAGGAAAAAGGAAACUGAAUUCAGAUGUCCUACGUAUGUUGACUCAAGGAUCAGAGUUGACCAAUUAGCUGUUAGAGGGAGAAGCAAACCGUAGAAUAAAUGCUGCCUUUGGUUUUCUUUAGUAAAACAUAAUGUAGUUUAGGGCAGCUACCUGCUCAUCAAGUCUCCCCAUAAACAGCGUUUUCAUUACAAUAUAAAUGUCACGCAAGAUGAUACUUGAAAGCUGAAUUACAAGCCAAAAUGUUGACUAAUUUGAUUGGCAUGUAGCCCAAUAAAAGUUGUUUUGAAUUAGUGAGAAUUCUCCUGGGUUUUUCUCCAUUUCUAUUAUUAAUCCCUUGGUGUUUAAAGUACGCUAGUCCACAAGACUUACAUGUUUACACAGCAUAUCUGAAAGCGUGAGAAUUCUCAAACACCACAUGCUACAUAUAAGUACAGCAAUGAGCAUGUGUCAUUAGAGUAAGAAACUUUAAUAAGGAACAUAUGGUUUGAAGACUCAACUAAAGAUUUGUGCUGUACAAUCAGUGGAUGACAAAGGUAUCACAACUUAGGACGUUCCUAAAGGAGCACACCAUGCACCAUAACCACCACAGCUCACUCCCCACUUCCACUACCAUUUCCUGAGAGCUGGAAGUUCUUCAGCUCAAACUUCCAUUAGCUCUCCUGACCUAAGCCCUACAAAACACGUCUUUGUUAUUGGCUGAGAGCAUCCACUGAUCCUGCUGAAAACCUUCUCAGGAGAUUAUAGUGACCAUUUGAAAAAGGUUUGAAUACUUACAGUGAGGGAGAAAAGCAGGCAAUCUGCAAUGGUUAUGGUGCUUGGGGAGUUCUAUUAAAUUGCAUUGUAGUCACUGACAAUAUGCAUGUUUUUAUACAUAAGGAUUAGCGAUAGCUGAAUGGCCAUUUCAUGGUUACCAGAGUGAGAGAAAAUGGGGGCGGUAAUAGAUUACCUCAGGGCAUAUCCCACUGACAAACACAGCCUGGCCAUUCAGCAUCUCCUCAUAAAGAUGAAUUGAAUCAAUGAAUCUCUAUGAGGAAAGUUCAGUGUCUGCAUGCAGAGGGAGGAGAUACUGAAUGUUUGGAUGCAUUGUAGGCAGCUAUAACCCAAGAAGGAUCUCUAUCAGCCAUCUAAGGAGUGGCCAGUGAAGUUAUCACUAGGCUGUAAUGUAAACACUGCAUUUUCUCUGAAAAGACAGUGUUUACAUCAAAAAGCCUGAAGGUAAUGAUUCUACUCACCUGAACAAAAACAAUAAGCUAUAGUUGUUCUGGUGACUAUAGUGUCCCUUUGAUAAAAGGAUGCUCCUAUAUAUUUUCUAUUACAAAUGCUGAAGUUAUCCCAUAUAUUGUUUGACUGUACUUUUCAGCUUUCUGAACACUGUAGCCUAAAUACUACUCCUAGAACCCUCUACUGUGCUUAAUGAUAACUCAACACCCCAAUGUUACUGGAACAAAAGGGAAGCACUUCAGAAUGAGAGGAAGAUACAAGCUGCAGACUUGUAGUUCUUUAAUGUGCUCACUAUCUGGCUGGAUGUCUUGCAGUUACAAUAAUACUAGUUACUAUCAGUGCCAUAUAUGUGAGAGCUAUAAAAAACUGACUAAGCAACAAACAAAAACAACCCAAGAAAGACACAUGAACAUGGUCUUGACUUAAUGUUGGAUACGCUUAUCACAUCAUUUCAUAUUUUAGAUACACUUUCCAAAUAAAAAAUUUUUCUACAUACCGUAUAUACUCGAGUAUAAGACGAGUUUUUCAGCACAUUUUUUGUGCUGAAAAACCCCCACUCGUCUUCUACUCGAGUCACUGUCUGUAUUAUGGCAACUUACAUUGCCAUAAUACAGACCAUUACCGCCGGGCUCAUUACAAGCUCCCCUGCAAGUCUUGCCAGAGCCGCGGGGUCAGAGUGUUGCCACGGAUUACCAUGGCAACGCUCCGCGCGGCACUCACACCGCGAGACUUACAGGGAAGCUGACAAUGGAGCUGACCGGACCGGAGGAGAGAGAAGGGAGCUGACAGGAGCUGCAGGAAAGGUAAGUUACAGCUCUCUGCCAGCCCCCUCCUACACAGUGCACACCAUUGGACCACCAGGGAAUGAGAGCCCCCCUCCAUGGCCAGCUAACAAGCAGGGAGGGGGGACAUAAAUAAAUAAAAAUUUAAAUAAUAAUAAAAUAAAAUAUUAUAUUAUAAUAAUUUUAAAAAAAUAAUAAAAAUGCCCACCCCCCCACCAAGGCUCUGCAUCACACACACAAACACACUCUGCAUCACACACACAAACACACUCUGCAUCACACACACAAACACACUCUGCAUCACACACACAAACACACUCUGCAUCACACACACAAACACACUCUGCAUCACACACACACUCUGCAUCACACACACACUCUGCAUCACACACACACACUGCACUCACACACACACUGCACUCACACACACACUGCACUCACACACACACUGCACUCACACACACACACCGCAUUCAUACAAACACACUGCAUUAUAUACACACACACACACACACACACACACUGCAUUCAAGACUCUGGUGGACUCUACAACUUGAUGUCCGUGGGACUCCAGAGGCACUAGCAGCUUCAAAUAUCCGUUUGCUGCUAUGUAAUGGUAUUUUAGCAGCUACUCUCUUGAUCCGAUGCAUGGAUCUGGCAGAAAUCUUCCUCAGUGUGCCUUUAUCUGCAAGAACCCAUCUGUGCUCUAAAUCAGCCACAAAUCUCUUAAUAGUGCAAUGAUCACGCUUAUGUUUUCGUUAAAUAUCUAAUGUUCUCAAACCUCGUCCAAGGCAUUGAACUAUUUCACUCUUUUCGGCAGCAGAGAGAUCCUUUUUCUUCCCCAUAUUGCAUGAAAAUGGUGCUCUGCUUAAUAAUGUGGAACACCCUCCUUUAGUAGUUUUUCCUUAAAUUGGGCUCACCUGGCAAUCUAAUUAUCACAGGUGUCCGAGAUUGUUUUCAGUGAUCAAGAGAGCUCUGAGACACAAUGCCAUCCAUGAGUUAAACUGAAAAACUAAAUAUUUUUUGUGACACUUAAGUAGAAUUUGCUUAAUAAUUUGGAACAGGGUGUAUAAAAAAAAUAAGAUGCCCAAAUACCAGAGUAUGUCUGCCAAGCUAGAGCAGCAAGUGAUGUCAUAGACAGGGCCUUUUGUACACCUGCUAAUGUUUUUAUAAAUGUAUGUUUUAAUGUAACUGUGACGCACUUUGGACAACAACGUUGCAAUUAAAUGUGCUAUAUAAAUAAAAGUUGAAAUGCGUUUCUCACUCUAUCAAUAUCGGUAUCUUUAGCGGCCGAUAUUGCCGAAAAUACCGAAUAUCGGCUGAUAAUAUUGGUAAAACCGAUAAUCGCUCGAUCCCUAGUUGUAGACUACCGGUGGAGGCAAGAACACUUCACACAAUUUCCCCAGAAAUUGUAGCUUUUCUAGUUCUUAUUAAGUGUUCUUGCAUAGCAAGACCACUUAAUGUUAUCUCACAUGUAUAUUAUUCUUAUUAUAGGCAAAUUUUCCACCAUAACUCCUCCCACAGUUUUUACACUACAUAGACAGUAAUACACUGAAAUGCUUCAGACUUGAAAAAGGGAGGUUCUCCCAAAAGCUUGUCAUUAAAAAAAUUCUGUUAGUCCAAUAAAACAGUUAUUACAAGAUACAAAUUUUAUCUGUUUUUUACAUCUACAUCACUGGACUAAUACGGCUACAAUCUCUACUUGAACACUCUCUCUCUCUCUCAAUCUCAAUAUAUUUAAAAAAAAAAAAAAUCAAAAUAUGAGAGCGUGGCUUAGGAGCGCUGUUGGGUGGAUGUGCUUUGCUGAGCUCUGUCCGUGCAGCAGAGAGCACUGAACGAUAUACUGAACAACUACAAAGAUUUGAAGUGAAAAAGAUGAAGCGAUUCAGUAACACAAUAAGUGCAUAAAUGAACUUUUUUACUUUUCAUACAGUGCCUUAUUACACGUUUUUUCAGUUCUUAUUGUAUAACUACAAAAAUUUGCCUUCCCUGAGGGUCAGAGAGGCAAACUAUGUCCCCAGCAAACAAAAAAAAACAUGAAAAGCCUCCUUUUUUUUUAUGGCCCUCACAGCUGCUACUAAACCGCUGAGCAAAACCAAGAUAGUGAUGGACAAACUGCUAGAGAUGAGUUCCUCUUUGCCACCAAACUCCACACUCUUCCUGAGAGAACAACCCAUGUCACAUGAGCAGAGAUGAGAGCUAUCUUUGCAGACCUCAUGGCCAUCAUCACUGCAAAUGUGAUGACCCAUCUCCAGUAAUAUGAGUUGAAUAGCACCGUGUGUAUUCUGUGUAGGUGUGGAGACAUUCUAAUAGUUCUACUUCAGUCUGACCCCAUUUUAUAAUCUCUGUAUCGUCACCAAUACCUUACGGGUACUGCUGAAUAUAUGAUCAAUAUUCUAGUGAAUACCUACCUUAGAACCAUACUGGAACUUUUAUAUUUUAUUCUACCAUGGUGUUUCUGUCACGAUUCUGAAACCUAACACGCUAACAGGUCACAGAGAGGAAGGGUGCUAUACCAGUCCUUAGAGUGGCCGGGCUAAGCACACUAAGAAUGGUCAGGAGACAAGCCAAGUAAAGGGAGCCAGAAAACGGGAGAACGAGAAACAAGCCGAGGUCAAAGGGGUGGAGAAGACAGGAUAAUCGGAAUAACGAGCCAAAUAAUCGGUAACCAGAGAUCAACACAAGAAAACUGCAAUACAGGUAUCACAAGACCACAACAGGGCACUGAGAGACAGGAAAGGUAAGUAUAAAUACCCUUUGUUUAAUUUUGAUUGGAUAACUUCCAAUCAGAAUUAACAAUCACACGUGGGAGAUAUCUACGCCUCCCGCUGUGAUUGUGGUACUGUUGCUUUAACGCCGAGUCACUCACGUGACCCCGGCGUUUGCAUAAAUUAGCGACCUCCCAGCGUGCAGCGUUAUACAUGCUGCCGCUGGGAGGCGUGGAGGACGCGAGUGGCGGAGAGGAGACGCCGCUUGCCGACCGGCAGGAGGAGGGGAGACCCCUGACAUAACCCCCCCUCGAGGACCGCCCAAUGGGCGGGAAGCUGAAGGCUUCAAAGGAAACCGCGCAUGAAAGGAGUGGAUCAAAGAGGGCGCAUUCAAGUCAGAGGCAGAAACCCAAGACCGCUCCUCAGGGCCGUAACCCUUCCAAUCAACCAGAUACUGCAACUGACCCCGAAAAAAAACGAGAAUCAAGCAGAGCAGCCACUUUGUACACGUCACUAGAGACAGCGCGGAGGGAAUCCGGACGCCUGAGAGGACCAGAGAAUCGAUUACAGAGCAGGGGCUUCAAAAGGGAGUGUGAAAAGUGUUAGGUAUAUGCAUGGAAGGAGGCAAGGCCAGGGAGUAGGACACAGGAUUGACCUUACGCAAUACCUUAUAGGGGCCAAGGAACCUGGGCGCGAAUUUCAUCGAGGGGACCCUGAGGCGGAUGAUUCUUAGAGGACAACCAAACCCUAUCACCCGGGACAUAAGAAGGAGCAGCACCCCUACGACGAUCAGCAAAUCUCUUCUGUGUAGCAGUCGCACGAGAAAGAGUAGCAUGGACCUGAUCCCACAUCUUCCGUAAGGAGGUGAGGUGCUCGUCCAAAGCGGGUAUUCCCUUGUCGGAGAACACGCCGGGAAGGACAGAGGGUUGGAACCCAUAAGCAACCAUAAAAGGACUUAAGCCAGUGGACGAAUGAGUCACGGUGUUCCUGGCGAAUUCAGCCCAGGGAAGGAGGUGAGACCAGUUGUCCUGAUGCGCAUUCGUGAAGCAGCAUAAAUAUAACUCUACAGAUUGAUUUGCUCGUUCGGCGGCUCCAUUAGAUUGUGGAUGAUAGGAGGACGUAAAUGACAAGGAGAUCCCCAUCUCAGCACAAAAGCCCCUCCAAAACCGAGAGGCAAAUUGAGGACCCCUGUCAUAUACAAUAUCCUGUGGUAUACCAUGCAAGCGGAACACCUCUUUGGCAAAUACUUGAGCCAACUGAACCGCAGAAGGUAGUUUCUUAAGUGGAAUAAAGUGUGCCAUUUUAGAGAACCUAAAUUACUGUCUGUCCACCAGAUGAAGGAAGAUCUACAAUGAAGUCCAUGGAUAAGUGGGUCCAUGGUUUCUUGGGUACGGAUAGAGGCAUUAGGAGUCCCGGGGGUUUAACAUUAGGGGACUUACACUGUGCACAAACACGACAAGCCUGCACAUAAUCCACUACGUCUUGCUUAAGUGAAGGCCACCAAAACUGUUGAAGGAGACCCUUGUAUGUUUUGGUAACCCCUGGGUGACCAGCCAUUUUGGCAGUGUAAAAUAAAGCUAACAAUUUCUUUCUAUCUUUUUCUUUCACGUAUAAUCUACCAACAGGUGUCUCAGAUGGUGCUUGUGUUUGGUAUGCCUUGAUACCAUCAAGGAAAUGAGACGAAAUAACCAAACGGGUAGCAGCUAUUAUCUUAGAUGUAGGUACAAUGGGUUCAGGAGCGGGGACAAUAGACUCCAAAGGUUCGUAUUGUCUGGAGAUAGCAUCAGCCUUGACAUUACGGUACCCAGGCCUAUAUGUGAUAAUGAACUGAAAGCGUGAAAGAAAUAAGGACCAUCUGGCUUGACGAGAGGACAACUUUUUAGCAUCUGCUAUAUAGGAGAGAUUCUUAUGAUCAGUUAUAACCAGGAUUUUGUGUCUAGCUCCUUCUAAUAAGUACCUCCAUUCUUUAAAAGCCAUCACAAUAGCUAAUAGUUCCCUGUUCCCGACGUCGUAAUUCUUUUCCGAAUCAGACAGCUUUUUAGAAAAGUAACAACAGGGAUGGAGGGGUUCGUUAUACGAUAGUCUUUGUGAUAAUACAGCUCCUACACCUGAUUCUGAAGCGUCUACUUCCAUAACAAAGGGAAGGGAAGGAUCAGGAUGAUGUAGCACAGGGGCAGUGGCAAAUGCCUUUUUGAGAGUCUCGAAGGCUUUAACGGCUUCAGGAGUCCAAACCCUGGGGUGCAAACCCUUUUUAGUCAGUUUCGUGAUAGGAGAAAUGACUGAUGAAAAGUUUUUAAUAAACCUGCGAUAAUAAUUGGCAAAACCUAUAAAUCGCUGUAUUGCCUUAAGGCCUUGAGGAAGAGGCCAAGACAAUAUGGCUUCUAAUUUUGAAGGAUCCAUGCUGAACCCCUGUUCAGAAAUGAUGUACCCUAGGAAUUGUACAGAUUUUUGGUCAAAUAAACAUUUCUCCAAUUUACAAUAAAGACCGUUCUGUAGCAAUCUCUUAAGUACCUUCCUCACAUGGGCAUGUUGUGACUCCAAAUCAGGAGAAUAUACAAGUAUAUCAUCGAGAUAAACCACAGCACAGACAUGCAGUAAAUCUCUAAGGACAUCAUUUAUGAGGUCCUGAAAGACAGCAGGAGCAUUGCACAGUCCAAAAGGCAUGACUAGAUACUCGUAAUGCCCACUGCGUGUAUUGAAUGCUGUCUUCCAUUCAUCAUUUUCUUUUAUACGAACCAAGUUAUAAGCCCCCCUGAGGUCUAGUUUAGUAUAAUAUCUAGAACCUUUAACACGGUCAAACAACUCAGUAAUGAGAGGGAUAGGAUAAGCGUUUUUAACUGUUAUAUUAUUCAGGCCCCUAUAGUCUAUACAUGGCCUCAAAUUGCCCUCUUUCUUGGCAACAAAAAAGAAACCAGCACCAGCCGGAGAGGAGGACCUUCUGAUAAAACCUUUACGUAAGGAUUCCUGUAUGUACUCCUCCAUGACCUGGUUUUCUUUCUCAGAAAGCGGGUAGACCUUACCCCUAGGAGGCAUCGUUCCAGGUAACAGGUUUAUGGCACAAUCAUAAUCCCGGUGUGGGGGUAGUUUAUCAGAUUCCCUUUUUUCAAAGACCAAUGUGAGGUCUGCAUACACAGGAGGGACAGAAACAGAAAGUGGUUUAGCUGUAGGCACAUUAAGUAAGCAAACGGGACGUAAACGGGCCAUACAGUCUUGUUGACAAGAUUCCCCCCAGGAGAGUAUAUCUAGACAACCCCAAUCAAGUACCGGGUUAUGCUUAACUAACCAGGGAAAGCCCAGAACGAUGGAAGCUGUAGGGGAGUCGAUUAUUUGGAAGGUUAACCUUUCUUUGUGUAAGGCACCCACGGCCAUAACCAUUUCUUGGGUUUCAUGGGUCACCAGAGGUUUAUCAAGUGGUCUACCAUCUAUGGCCUCAACGGCCAAGGGUGUGGCCUUUUGGAUCAGAUUCAAGGCUGCGGUUUUUGCAAAGUUCUCAUCCAUAAAGUUGUCUGCAGCACCUGAAUCGAUCAAGGCUUUAGUUGUUAUAGUGGUUCGAUUGACCAAAAGAGUAACCGUAAUAAAUGGUCUGGAGAUGGAUACAUGAGGGGAAAAAACCAUAACACCCGAGGCCGACCCCUCUCUAGGCCUUAGGUGGUGUAGUUUCCCUGCAAACUAGGACAGUUUCUUCGGAGAUGCCCCCUCUUUCCACAAUAAAGGCACAAGCCCUCCCUUCUGUGGUACGUUCUUUCAGCUUCAGUUAAGCCUACAGCACCUAAUUGCAUGGGUUCGGGAGGUGGUUGAUUAAGGGGAGGUAAUGCUAGUAAUGCAGUACUGGGUAAAGCAGGUAAUCCCGGUGUAUUCAUCCUUCUUUGACUACGCCUCUCUCUAAUAUGGUUGUCAAUAAGAAUGAUAUAAUCUAUUACAUCAUCCAGAAGAACAGGCAAUUCCCUGGAUGCUAUUUCAUCUAAUAUGUAAGCGGCCAAACCCUCCUGAAAGGCUGUUACAAGGGCGUCGUUAUUCCAAACCACUUCAGCUGCCAGAGUGCGGAAUUCAAUGGUAUAAUCCGCUACAGAUCUAUUACCCUGUCGGACCCUAAGCAGAGCUUUGCCAGCAGAAGCAACCCUGCCGGGUUGAUCAAAUGUACGUUUAAAAGCUGUCAAAAAGUCUGCAAAGGACAUUGGGGACGUAUUCUCCCACAUGGGAUUAGCCCAUGCUAGAGCUUUCCCGGACAAGUGGUUGAUCAGAAAAGCAAUUUUGGUUCUGUCAGUGGGGUAGGAACGAGGAUUCAUCACCAAAUGAAUAUCAAUUUGGUUGAGGAAACCACGGCACAACGCUGGAUCACCGCUAUAGUGCUGAGGUGGUGUCAUGUGAACCACGUGAGCAGGAGCGGGUACUGGAUCGGGAAUCGGUUCUGGCACAGCAGCAACAGCUUCUUGAACGGCAGGUUGCAAGUGGGCAGUACGAGCCAGUAUGGUUUGUAAAGCCUGGGCAAACUGAUCCAUACGGUGGUCUAAACCAUCCAUUCUAGCCUCCUGAUUUACUAACAACUGUGGAAUGUCAGCAGGUUCCAUGGUGGCCCUGUUGUAAUGUCACGAUUCUGGAACCUAACACGCUAACAGGUCACAGAGAGGAAGGGUGCUAUACCGGUCCUUAGAGUGGCCGGGCUAAGAACACUAAGAAUGGUCAGGAGACAAGCCAAGUAAAGGGAGCCAGAAAACGGGAGUGCGAGAAACAAGCCGAGGUCAAAGGAGUGGAGAAGACAGGAUAAUCGGAAUAAGGAGCCAAAUAAUCGGUAACCAGAGAGCAACACAAGAAAACUGCAAUACAGGUAUCACAAGACCACAACAGGGCACUGAGAGACAGGAAAGGUAAGUAUAAAUACCCUUUGUUUAAUUCUGAUUGAUAACUUCCAAUCAGAAUUAACAAUCACACGUGGGAGAUAUCUACGCCUCCCACUGUGAUUGUGGUACUGUUGCUUUAACGCCAGUCACUCGUUAUACAUGCUGCCGCUGGGAGGCGUGGAGGACGCGAGCGGCGAGUGGCGGAGAGGAGACGCCGCUCGCCGACAGGUACCCCUGACAGUUUCUAUAGUUUGUACAUUAAUAUUAGGUUGUUUUUUAUGUGUCUUUGAUAAUGUUAUGAGCUGUUACUCAUGCUGUACUGUGUAUACAUUUUUCACCACUUACGGCAGUGAAACCAGCCACCACUUCCAUCUUAUGCCCAGGCUUUCUCCUGCACGUAAGAGCUCUAAUGACAACCUGUUAAUUUCUUGUUUGGUGAUCACUGAUAUUCCCCCUCAUCCCCAUAUGUUUAAUGUACCACUUUGUCCUUAUGUCCAAGUAUUCCCACCAUCACAUCCACACUUCACCACUAAAGCAUUGCAGAGUACUUUGCAUUCACUCAGUGCUAACUGGUCUCUUGAAAUACUUACACUGCGAUAUUCCCUGGUAUAUUUAUAUUUAGCUUGAACCUUUGAUAGCCCCAAUGAUAUUUGGCAUAAAUCUAAAUCGCAUACUAAACAUCGUAUAUUUAUUUGUUGGUUUUGUUUUUUGUUUUUUUAAAAAAGUUGCUUAUAAUGCUAAAUGGCUUAACAGCCUCUUUCGAAAAGAGGCUCCUUGUUGAAAGAUAUUAGGCGCCAACAAAUAGAAAACCCAUUUUAAACAUCCAAAACCGCAAUUAUUUGCAAAAUAUUAUUCCACUCAAUACCAUGCUAUGUACAAAUCAAAACCGAGAGGAGUAUCAAUACUCAUUCGUUGUGUCAAAGUCGUGUCCUUUCAACUCCAAAAGAAACUAUUGAUAUGCAUGGUAGAUAUGGGACUUUAAUUGUUUAACAAUAUUCAGUAUAGCCUAAGUUCUGUGUAUUUUCAAAAUGCUGAUCAGAGAGAUUAUUUUGUCUGUUCUGACUAAAAUAAAUAAAUACAAACAAGGAGGAUUGAUUAUUUGUGGCGCUUUUUAAUUUUAUUCAAUACCUAGCACUGGAUACCUCCAGCCCCGGCACUGGUAGAUGGAAAAAACAAAUGGUUAUCUCAUGCUAUAAAUUGACACACUUGUUGGACCACCAUUCAAGGACAGAUGGAGAAUAUUCCACUGCUUGCGAAAGGAUGUUAUAUUUUGUUCUGUGGUACGUAAUACCUAUACCAGGAUUAACACAUUUUUCUUGGAUAACAUAGCUUUAACCCAAAUGAUAGGCUGUACAAUCUGUGUUCACUUGGUCAGACCAUAGUCCAGUGCCCCUAGCACUUCAGGACAUGUUUCAGUUCCAUGGUAAGGGAACAUGGAUGCUGAAUGAGACCUAACUGCUUGAUCAAAAAUUUCUAGAAUACAAGUUAAAUUACAAGAUUAUUUUGCUUCAAAAGAUAUAGGUGACAGAGUGGCAGAAACACUAUGGGCAGCCUACAAGACAGUAUUUGUAGGUGUAUUUAUUAAAAAGCUUCAUUAGCUAAAAGUGCGUCCCAAACUAAAUGAAUGGCCUGCUACAGGAAAAUCUUCUUGCUAUCACCUAUGUAACACAAUGUUAAUCUAUCCCCAGAUUUGACUUCAGAACUUUAUAAAACUGGGCAAAUAUAACUAUUGGUUUUCAUAAUUUGAAGGCAAUACUUAUGUUUCAGGAAGUAAAUCCAGAAAUUUUCUAGCUCAGAGCCUUAAGCACAACUAGUACACACUUGUAUCUAGCACUUCUCAAUAGCAGAGGCUAUUAAGGAUCUGACCCCCAAACCUUCUCCCCCUUCUAUGCUGACUUUUACCAUCUGGCAAUUCAUACUAAAAUGGGUCAUUCCACCCCCGAAUCUAUCUCAACCUACAUAGGUGAUAUAACUUUACCCCAAAUAACAGUUACAAGCAACGGACUUGGGCCACCCCUUCACACUGGAAAAAUUGUUCCUGGUAAUAUAUAUGCUUCCGUCAGUCAAAUCACCAGGCCCUGACAGAUUCUCUGCAAAAUAUUAUACAUUUUUUGCACCUAUUCUGGCUCCAUGCCUCCUCCAAGUCCUUAAUAGAGCUCAUGAAUUAGGUAAAUUACCAAGUGAUAUGCUAAUGCCCACAAUUAUCUCACUGCCUAAGCUAGGUGAAGAUACUGAGCGUUGUAAAAACGAUAAACCUAUUUCUUUGUUAAACCUAGAUGCAAAAAUAAAAGCCAAACUUGUAACACUCAUACUAAGCCCUCUAUUACCUACUUUUAUAGACCACAAUCAGACAGGUUUCGUACAUGGAUGUCAGGGCAUAGAAAACACUAGGUUAUCCCUAAUUUUAGAAAUGCUGAUAUCCUCCAACACAAUAGGUUUAUUGUUGGCUCUUGAGUCCAAGCACGCUUUUUACCGUCUCACUUGGAAAUUUUUUGAGGCAAUCUUGUAUAAGUUUGGCUUUUCCGAGCACUGUGUAUGCAAAUCCUGCAGGCAGGUUUCUUAUCUCCCUACCUUCCAAAUAUCCAAUGGAAUGAGGCAUGGAUGUCAUAUUGCGCUUUUUCUUAGCUUUGAAACCAUUUCUGCAAAAGAUAAGACAUAAUCCAAACAUUCGUGGGUCGUAGGAGGCCCGAGAGAGCUCAAACUUGCUGCCUUUGCAGAUGAUGUCAUUCUUACUUUAACAAAGUCUAAUGUAUCGAUUCUGACUCUAAUGGAGGAAAUUAUAAUUAAUCGAGAGGAAUUGGGUUACUCCUUAAAUACCUCAAAAACACAGGCAUUGGGUAUAGGCCUACCAAACAGCAUUAAAGAAAACCUCAAAUCCAAUUUUCCCUGUUGAAUGGAAAAACACAGAUCUCAUGUACUUAGGUUUAGCGAUAACAGAAAAUCAGCAAGAGAUAUACUCUGCUAAUUAUACCAAAUUUUUGAAAUCUUGUAGAUCACAGUUAAAUGGUUGUCAAUAAACCUAACCUGUUCUCUUUCCAAAUAGCAGCUGUUAAGAUGUCUAUCCUACAUCAUAUGAUUCAAUACCUAUCUGCUACCUAAAUCGUUUUUUAAUAGAGACAGAAUCAGACCUAGUGAAGUUCAAUUAAGUAGGGAGAAGAGAGACCACAUUUCUUAUUGUGGUUGCUACAAUAUUCCAGAUUCCAGUUCCAGAUGUUCAGGGAUACUAUUAUGGCAUCAUUUUAGCAUUGCCAAUUCCCUUUUUCAUAUCAAAAGAACACCCACAAUGCAUAAAAUUAGAAUGAGCCCCUUCCCCAAUCAAUGACUUAUUGUGGCUUUCACCACAACAUUGCCCACCCACUUAUAUAGCUUCUUCACAACUGAAACAUGGUUUUAAAAUAUGGGACAAAUAAAAGCGUCUGUAUUAGUUUGUCCGGGCAAUUAUUCCUAGCAACCUUGAUCUCAGCAUUACAGUAUCUAAUCCUAACAUUUAAUCAUAAAAAUUGGUGUACAACACAUCUGACACAUUUGUUUAAUCUUAUGCAAAAUGCAUCCCUUAUGGAUUUCCAGACCCUUAGAACUCAAAAUCAAAUCCCAGAGAGUUCACUAUAUUCUUACUACCAACUACAAUCAUUGUUUACAGCAAUCAAAAAGCAAAGGAACUUCAUCCCUGAACAAACAAAUAUUUUAACAUUUAUUGAACAGAUUAGUAUUAAAGUUGUGAUACCGACCAAUUGUAAACCUAUCUCUAUGUGUUACAAAUUAAUCAACCCUCAUCAACAUUUCUUUAAUUCGAAAAUAGGCAAGUGGUGGGAGUCAGAUUUGCAGUGCUCGAUCUCCUCUUCCCAAUGGUCUCAAAUUUGUGACAUAUAUAUACAAAAAUAAUCGAAUCCUUCACUCUAUUUGAACAAGACAGGAAGGCGAUGUAAAAGGUACCAUCUUGAUUACACAAAAUAUUUCCAAACUCCUUUACAAUAUGUUGAGGAUGUCUUCAGGCUGUUACUUCACAUUUGGUGGAGCUGUAAUCUGAUUCAAUCAUUAUGGAAAGCAAUAAAAAAACUGAUAUGUGACGUUCCAAACAUUGAUGUACCAGAAUACCCUUUCAUGUUUUCUUACUAGGGUUCCCUGUAACCUAAGCAGAGCAACAAAAAAUAAUUCAUAUCCUCCUUACAACUCAACAGAAUAUAGCUAAACAUUGGAUAUUUAUAACCUCACUUACAUUGCCAGUUAUCUUGCAAUCCAUUCAUACCCAAUAGAUAUACAAACCAAAAUUUACAACAGUUUAUAAACCUUCUACUACAAUAACUAAAACAUGAAAUAAAACUAACUAGAUGGUCCAGACCAACACAAGUGAGUAGGGUGGGGUGCUAAUGAAAUAUGUAACUCACACUUAAAGAAAAAAGGGUUGAGGAAGCAAUUUUUCCUAAGCUAACAUAGUGCAAUAACAAUGUGCGUAAACACUCAUGAUGGAGGUUAUUGGAUACUCUCCCAUUGUUCAGAGCCAUAACAAGGACAGACUCAUUAGCACAUAUCUAAUUUAUACUUAAAAACUCACUUUUAUGUACAAUAGAAAAUGUGUUCAAACGGAUUCUAAAUUCUAUCUAAUAAACUAUUUAAAAAUAAAUUUAUUUACAAGAAGAUUUACUUCAAUCUAAAAGGGAUCUAUUUGUAUUAAACAUAUAAUAAAUAGUAGUGCCACAAUUUAAAAGGUUACAAAUGUUAAAACAUAUUAAAGGAGGAAAAAGAGUAAAUUGUGAUAUUUAUGUAUAAAUGGCUAAAAUUAUCCAGAAAAUACUUAAACCACAAUAAAUCACAAAAAAAUGGCAAUGCUCUAAAUCACUUUUAAGACCGUGAAGUAGUAAAGUGUUGAAAUUAAAAAUCCACCCAAAUUCAGUCUGGCCCAUUUUUCUUAUUAUGUGCUCACCUCUCCAAUUUUCCCGUAUUUUCUGAAUCCCUAAAAAUGAAAGAUUCUUCACAUCUUAAAAUGUAGUGAUAAGCUGUGUUUUUCAAAUCCAUUUAUGAUGUUUCUUACAUGUUCUUGUAUUCUUGCAUAUAAACAUCUUCUGGCUCUUCCCACAUAAUAGAGGCCGCAGAGACAUAAGAUUACAUAUAUCGCCCUCUUUGGAUAACAUGUGAUUCAUUCUCUAAUCGGGAAAGUCGCUUUGGAAUCCUGGGGGUGGUUAAAAGUUGUUGUUUUUUAAAUAAGGAUAUUUUUGUAUGCCCCACAUAAACUACCUCCAUAAAAACUUAUAAAAAUGAUAAACAAAAUGUUACUUACUGGAGUGUCCUUUUAUUAGUAAUGGUUUGUAGGUGAAAUUACAGACUAGGACAAAUACACUUCUAUAUACACUGGUAUAUAAAAUAUAUGGGAUUUUUUGUUAUGCUGAGCGCUCUCGGCCAAUAAAAAUAUUCCUAACUUACCUUGACAUUAAAGAACAUUUCAGGCACCAUUACCACAACCCUCUGUGCUAGUUAUAGUCUCAGGAGUACCUUUCUAAGGGUAAUCUGUCGAACCAUAUUAGCACCAUUUGAUAUUUACUUGGGUCCUGCAGGAUGCCCACAGUGCCUCUAGUCUCAGAGGUGGGGAAUCCAGGUGUCAUUUUGUUCAAAACCGCUACUCAUUGAACUGAAUUAAAAAUAUCAGUUCCAAAAUGACCACAUAUCUUGGUUGUACUAACUGAAACGCAGAUGUCAAUAUUAGGUUUGUGAGCACCUCAAAACGAAAUCUCUCAGAAUUUAAUGUAAAUUAUGCCAUUAAACAAAACAUUGAAAACCUGUAUUACACAUUAUCCUUUUUUUUUAUUUUUUAAAUGUAUUGAAUGCAUAACUCUGGGAGGUACAUUUUACACUAUAUAAAGAGAUCUCAUUUAAAAUUGCAAUCCAGUUUAGUCCUGGCACAGCCACGGCACACAUUGAAUUGGAGAUGAAGAACACUUUAUUUUUUUUCAUUCUUUCCUCGCUAUGUUCAGUUAAAAGAAAAGGGCAGAGCUUAUAACAAUGAUUGACAGGGUACAAAGAUGGUGGCACUCAGUCGAAAAUAGAGCUAAAUACGGCAGUGCUUAUUUCUAAAUUUAUUUUCUUUUUUUCCUGUUCUCACACACACACAUAUUUGUUAAAUACAGGUUGAUAAGUGAACAUAAUAUCUAAAAAUCCUGGGGAAUGACAGUUUCCCUUCAAACUGAUUAAGGUAAAGUCAUUGUCGAUUAGCUUCCCAAACCGAUAACAGGACAUGAAAUCAAAGAUUCUAAGUUGACUAGGAUGAGUAUAAUUAAAUUACUGUGUAAUAUAGAGUUUCUCAUUGAGUGUCUGUGUGGCUGCUAACAGCUUUUAGUAAGGCUUGUUGGGAUUUUUGAAACUUGGCCAUCGUCCUUUCAACUGAAAGAAGGAUUGCAAAAUAUUAGCAUUUCUCAGAACAGCAGGAAAUACCAUGAGAUAUUUGAUCUUCGAAGACUCCUGCCUGAUCUCUGUGGGUUAUCCAUCCCAAAACGUAAAAUUUCGUGUGACGCUUCCAAAAAAGAAUGUGUCUAUCGUGUACCAUAUUUAUUCAGUUGCCUAAAAAGCUUUUAUGUGAAAACAAGGUGGAUCAGAUAAGACAAGACCAUGCAAUGUUUAGAGUUCUGUUAUAUUAAUAAUGUCUUAUUUGCCGUUUGUGUUUGGGAAAAGACUAAAUAUUCUAAAUAACCCCACAUUUUUUGCCGCAUUGCUUUCCUGGACAACUAAAUGGCAAUUCAAAUUUUAUAAUAAUUUAUAUUCGAUGGUCUGCUUUGAAUAUAUAAUAUUCUAUAUAAAACUGAAUUGGUAGAUUUACAUAAACAUAGGAAAUUCUUUUGACGUGAUGGCAUUGCCGCUAUCCUCACUUGCAUGUCAGUGGCUAAGUUAGACUCAAUUUAACUUAAGAAAUACGUUUAAUUUGUGACUUCAAGCACAUCUGUUAAAGCAGCUCUGUCUGUCUGCUAGCGUUUUCUUGACAUAAAUCAGUUUAAGGAUGUGAGCUGCUGACAGCAGGGAGGGAUCUGAUGGACACUUGAGGCUGUGAUUGAAACUAGUGUUUACAAAGUUUUUAAAGUAAUAAUGCAUCUUUUUUUUAAUGACCUUGAUCUUGUUAAAUAGUAUGCUUUAUUAUUCCAGUGCUGUAUAAACACCCACUAGUGGCACAUCAUAAUGUGACACUGUGCAGACCAAGGAAAGAGACUGUCUGCAGUCUCUUUUCACACUAAGUGCUUAAUAAUGGGCUAUCAGUGAGUGCUGUUCUAUGGUUUACCCUGUCAGACUAGACUUCAGACUUCUGCGUCUGGUGGGAAGUGACAUAUUUUCCUGCAUGUUGAACUCUGAAAGAUUUGAAAAAUAAUAAAGAAUAUAUAUUUAUACCUUCACACGUUCUUUCUACCGUGUGCCUUCCUACCCUGUAUAUCAAGGGAGGAGAGAUGUUUAUGUAUCUUCUUUACUCCCUCCCUGAGUGCUGUUUAGAUCUUUACCUCUGACUCUUCGAUGCUCCGUUUCAUAUAUUCACGAUUGAGCACCUACCUAUACCGGAGUGUAGUUAGACGAAGAGCUUCCUGCAUUUUGAUUGCUAGUGGUUGGUUAAUUUAAAUUUAUUUGGUGUAAAUAAUUUGAUCUUGUAUAUUUUUAUUGGUUACAAAACUUCUCCCAUUCCAGUCCUGCAAUCCAGGAAUCUGGAAGGCACAGCUAUGAGGUUGAGUAUGCCAUGGGUUGUCAGCCAGUCAACCAUAUAAGCUCAUGCCUUGAGUGAAGAUUUUCACUAUGACAUUGGGUCAUUUGGGAGGUAUGAAGUCUGUUUGUUUUCAAAGGUUCAUAAUCUUUGUGAAAAAAACCAUGAUGUCUAGCCUCUUGGGGUCUUUGCAUGUUACUUGCCUGGUUGAUGCUGUAAAUUUGCCCAUUUUCUACAGCUGUGUUAGAUCCAUCUGAGAGCCGAGAUUUAAUACUUUAACUUGAUUUAAUUCUUUUGGAUACACUUUUCAACUGAUCACAAUCUGUUAGAAAUACUUUUCAAAUGAAUUUGUCUACAGAAAUCACAGUUAAACAACCACUAAAGUCAGUUGGGCAGACUAAAUGGGCCGAAUGGUUCUUACCUGCCGUCACAUUAUAUUUUAACUUUCAAUAUAUAUAGAUUGGUAGGUUAUGCACUACUCUAGGGGGUGUCUUCUAGACAGCCACUAGAGGUGCUGCUACUUUGCUGACGAAGAAACGACACCACCUCGAUGAUAUCACUCACGAAGGGAGUGGGUGCACUAUAACUUUAGGCAUACAUUAAUAAUGUGACUAGUGACAGGGGCACUAUAACAAGAGACAGGGGGCACUAUAACUUUAGAAAUACAGGUUUGUUUGUCUAUAUGCAUUUUUGUAGAUAAAUCAUUUGAAACGCUUAUCCAAAAUAAUUAAAUAUAGGCCUAUGUAUGUUAUCAUGUGCAAAGUGGCCUUGGAGAAUCCAACUAGUCUAGUUGUUUUUGAACCAGAGUAAUGAUGCCCUUUUAGAAAAUUUUGGCCACAAACACAGGUAAUAGACCUGAAGUUGGACCAUGUUGAGAAUGUAUUUAGGUUAGAUUUAAUGAUGAGAAUAGUCUCUAUUGGAAUAAUGACCAUGUAUGUGAGCAGUGAUUCCUGGUUAGAAAGCAUCCAGUUUGCAUGAUAUUAGUUUGAUUUCAAACGACUUUUUUUAUUUUUUAUUUUUAAAUUUUUUUAUUUUUGCAGUGCACAGAAUGUUACAAGCAGGCAUGAGGUGCCCCGAGAGCAGUCCUCAAGCUUUUUCUCGCAAAACAUGCGGGACAUUUGAUUACAAGGCACAUUUUUAUAUUAUUGUUAGCUUAUACUUUCAGUUUGUGAGAGUAGUGUUACACGUUAAUUAGGAUAGAACAGUGUUUAAACUAGUCUGUGGGCAUCACAGAUUAUGCAUAUAUGAAAGGAGAAGAAGAAAUAGACGUAAGCGUUAGACAUGCAAGUUGCCAGGCAUGCAGGUAUAUCAUCGUUAUGUUAAUAGGUGACAGGCUAACUGGGAGCAUGGCCUAUGUGUACUGUAAUGCAUAAUGCAAGUGUGGGGAUGAAUAUUAUGAGUGCAAAACAAUUAAAAUGGGUACGCAGUGAAUGUUACUUUAACCCCUUAAGGACACAUGACAUGUGUGACAUGUCAUGAUUCCCUUUUAUUCCAGAAGUUUGGUCCUUAAGGGGUUAAAGUCCUCUGUCAAUGGAAAGUCUCUGCUCAAGAGGUGCCAAUGUGGUAUGGACAGCGUCUAUUGUAUUAGAGGCUUUGGACUUCUACCUCUGUGUCCCGGUCUGUGAGUGCUUGGUCAUCCGAUACCCAGCGCAUUGAAGGGUGUUGGGAUCGUUUGAAAGUCCUGCUGAGGCUCUGCCAUGAGCAGCGUUGUGGGUUCCAAUUGCUGUCUCAUCUGCUCGUCGCCGUGGGAACCUGCGUGGACGUUGCGGGUAAGUGUAUUCUCCGUUUGGUGCUCUGGGGCUCUCCAUGGCGUCGAGCAGGAUCGGAGCUGUGAGUGAAGCUUGCUUGUUACUGGUUGCUGUUCGGGUCUCCGCUUCAUGCAGGAUCUGGGGUGAGCUUGUGGGCCAAUUCGGGCCAGGGUCGCAGUGUGGCUUGAGCUUUUGCCUGUUUGUGUUUAAGCAGGUGGAAUCUCCAUCUUCGGCGCCAACUUUUAGGUCCCGUCAGACGGGGGCCUAUGCGGUUGCGGUGGGUAUGUGCUGGUCUUUUGAUGUGUUUACGCACUGGAGCUUUAGUGUGUCGCUCCUUGCUCGCCAUUUGUGCUCAGAAGCCGUUGAGUAUGGCUUCGAGUUUGUCCAUGAUGCUGUGCUUGUCCGUGUGGCAGUUUUGAAUGCACGUGGUGUCCGCCAUUGUGAGUGCCCGUGUAGCAUGGGGCUGCCCUGUAUGCUCUGCUGUCAGCUCGCGCUUAAGCCCUGCAGCCUGGAAGGGUUGGACCAGGAUCCCCCCCGCCGGUCCUGAGAGGAGGGGGGCGGGUAAUCGGCAGUCCCGUGCCCCGGGCGCAGAGGCGAGGGGAGCGGCCGUCUCCCCCCUACCCCAUCCACUGUGUGCCGCAGCCUGCCGCCUUGAGUUCUCGCUUGCGGGAAACACUCCAGUCCGGUAUCGGAUGAUUCACCAGGGCGCACCCAGCAUGGGUAGCACACCCGGCUUCAAUUCAGGCAUGGGAUCUGCUAGUAUUUCCCUGUAAACAGCCUGUGUGGUGGGAGCUCAUCCACCAUGCUACUGCUCUGCUUACAGGUCAGGCCCUGCCCCCCCUACUCACAUUUAUUUAGUUUUCUGCGAGUUUGACCUAUAUUGGCCACUGUAACGGAGCUCCCUGUACCUCUGCCAUGUUCCUAGCUGGAACAGGGGACAAACUGCAGCACUUCUGCCCACAGUCGCCGUGGCUUGACUGGGGUCCUGGAACCGCUCCCUUCUGGAGCCGAAUGGGGAACUCGCUCUAUCCACCCCCAGGCACUGGCCGACACUGGAACAGUGAUUAGCCCUUUCCCAACCCUGGAACCAGACGACACAUAGUUAUGGGAGUACAAGCUGGAAUGUUUUAAUCUAGCUAGAUGGCCUGCUUUUAUACAAUUUCAGACACCGUUAAGCACGCCCCUGACACUCCCACACAAAUAGGAUAAUCCCUCUCCUGGACCCGAGAGUGGACUAGUUACAAAUAAACAUCUAGCAUACUCCUCUGAGAGAUAAUUACCCGAGUAUGCAAACAUAUAAUUUAAUUAUCUCUCAGGAAACCAAAACAGGCAAUAUAACAAAUCCCCAAAAUACCCCUAAAACACAUAAAAAUCCAACAAAAGUUACAUCCCCUGAUGUGGUUGACCAACAUAUCUGGUUGACCUACAUAACCAAAAAUCACCCAAAUCAGUUUAGGGGUUCGGGAUUUUCAUGGAAGUCAUAAUUUUGGUGCACAUGGUCCUAUACAAAAAUCAGUGCUAUCGGUCGGUCAAGUUCUGUAGUCUUUUACAGGUUUCCCUGCAGGGCCCAUAGUCUGUGGGCAAGAGGCUGGCAAGCAGGCUCCUCCAGGAGCUCAUGGCAAACUCGCGUGGGAAGGGGAGUCCGUCACAGCCACAUCACAGCCUUCUAUGUGAAGGGCUCUGGCAACACUUAAACAUUGGUUUGUGCUUGAUUUUUUUAUUUAAGGCUUGGUGCAUCUGUAUUGUAAUAAAUACAGCAGCUCUAACAAGUGAAAAAUGGCAUUAAAUAUAUUGUAGAAUGCUAGAACAGUUUUAUAUUAUGUAUGAUCAUGGAAAUUGUAUUUACUUUAAUUGUUCCACUAAAUAACUCUGGGCAGGAGUAGAUGAUAAUCUGUGGUUGAUUAAGAGGAUGGCAGUCUGAAAUUAUCUGGUUCAUCUUUUCAUUUGCAUAUGUUUGUUUAAUAUUCCUGUACAUUAACCAUAUAACUUCAAAUGUAACGGAACUUGGUAUUAAAUAUGUCUCUGGAAUAAUAUAAUUUGCUGUGAUGUCUCAUUUUGAACCUGCAACUAGUUAUAUUUUCCCCUGGUGAGCUAAUGAGACAGAUGAUGUUAUAAGUAAUGUGCAGUCAUAACAACACCAAUCUUAUCUGACUUGCAUGAAGAUUCCGUAUUCUCUUCUGUGGAUGGCCUCAUUAUGUAAGACAGAAGAUCAUUUUAUUGGUCUAUCUUGGAUGUACUUAACAUUUCAUUUCUGGCACAAACCUCUUUGAGACUGCUGGUAAAAGGCUUGAAGUUUUUAUUUUUUGUAUUCUGAGAAAACUGAAAGGUAAACAGAAGUUUAAAACUGGAAAUAUAAUUUAUCCAAAGUCUAGACACAUUCUCAUUUCAUAGACCAAUCUCUCGGUUAGGAUUUCAAGGUGCGUUACUGGCAAAUUUCUGUUUAAAAGUGUCUUGUUUAAAAAAAAAAAAAAAAAAUUAUAUUCACUAUACUUGGCAAGCAUUCCUUUUAGUGCCUACUACUUGAAUUGAAGGGAGUAGCUAACUAGCAAGUAUACAGUAUAAUGGUAAAGGCCAGUAACUAGCCCCCUGAUCUUACCUGGUUUACAGGCCAGUUUGCCGAUACAUUGUGGUACCUAUGAAAUCUUUCUUUGCAGGGUUUAAAUUCCAGUGGCUGUCACUCACAGAGAGCCACUAGAGGCACUUCUGAGGAUAUAGCAAAAUAAAACACUAUUUUUUUCCAGAUGAUCUCAGAGACCGUUUGGGGUUACUUUGUUUACAAGAAACUUAGUUGGGAGAUACUUGCUUUCACGAGGCUGAGGAUAUCAACUCAUGUUUUUUUUUUAUAAUUGAUCAUUUUUAUUUUCAUAUUUUGUAGACAUGUAAACAGUGGUUGGGGUUACAGAAUAAUGAAGGGAUAGGGAUAAUAUUGCAUAUCAAAGUAUGUAACCUGUUCCAUUGUUUUAUAUCGAUUUUUCAUUAUUAAUGGUUAACAGUGCCAUUAUUUUCUGUGGUUGGUCUCAUGGCUUUACUUAUACAACAUAUCCGAGAAGGUUAGACAUGGGGUAACUUAUUUACACACAUUAACUUACAUAAACAUAUUUACAGCCUAUGGUUCUUUUUGUGCUGUAUUGUGAAUGGCUUUUGGUGUCUCCUCUGGGUGGGCUAUCAGUUGGGUCUAUAUUGGGGAUAUGCUACUCAUCUCCUCUCUUUCGUGAAUUUAGGAUUCCUGAGAUGAUCUCAAAUUAGGUCCUGACUUUGUUCCCGUUUGAGUGUGUACUUUGUACUUUUUCCACAUGUUGUGUAUUUGUACGUUUGUGAGUCCCGUGUGUCCUCGAGCUGCUGCAAACCUUUCAUAUGCCACAUUUGUGUACUCAUAUGUUUUUUUUAAAUAAUUUUAAUGCAACCCUUGAACUUGCAUGUUGUGGUAAUUGUAAAGAAGUGGUUCUCAGUGAACAGUAUUGGAUUAGUUAAUUUGGAGAAAGCCAUGCAUAGUCCAUUUGUUUUUGCAAUGGUUCUCAUAGAUGAGCUGUUCAUUGGACACAGCAAUGCGAUGCUCAGCAGUUCUGUAUUAAUUUAAACGCCUUGUGCUUCACUUCUUAGGGUAUUACAUUAAAUGCAGGAACUUCAAAUGUGAGUUAGGGAUAGAAAGAUUAUCGUCCGAUUAUUAGAACCGAUAUUGGGAAUAUUUCCAAUACUUGAUAUUGGUCUUGUAAUUUACCAAUAACUUGCCUCUCCCAGUCACCGAACUCCAUCUUCCACAUGCUGAAACUCCAUUCGAAAGCCAGUCAGGCGCCACGUCACAACCUCACAUCACCCCUCCCCGUAAGACUCCACAUGUGGAGCUCAGCUGAAGGCAGGGUGUUGAGACCAUGAAUAAUCCACUGUUAUGUACUGGGCUGGCAGACAGAGUGAUAGGAGUGUGACUGCUGUUAGCAAUUAGAUUCCUAUCAGUAACAGCACUACUGAUGCUGGGAUCGCAUUGAUCCAUGCAUGUACUGGCUGUCAGUAACAGAACUCUGCAUGCUAGGAACUCACUGAUCACAGCAUGCACAGGCUGCCUGAGAGUGAUAGAAGUGUGAUUGCUGUCAGCAUGUUUAGUUAAUAUCAGAUUUUUGAAGAAGUUGUGUUGCUUUUUCAAAACUUUAAAUGUAUAAAGGCAUUGGUUAUCCGCAAUCGUCCUGCAAGGCAAUUGAUAAUGGAAUAAUUAUAUAGUUCUGGAAUAAUUAUAUAGUUUGAUCCCUAAUGUGAGUAUCUUAUUAAAUUAUAAUUUAUUGGCUUUGAAACUUGAAUGGAUUAAACAAAGAAUGCAUCUGCACCAUCUUGGAGCGCUCCUAGUUUGAAGGAAACGGCAUAAUUUCAGCCCGACUGGCUAGACGACACUACCACAAGUUCAAAUGCCUGUUAUAAGGCCGCUAUCAGAGAUGUCCAGGUGUUGUGAGACAUGCUGUUAGUUUGAAACUGGGAUUUUACAUUGGAUAGACUAGCAAAGCGCUAGUACAUCAUCAGACAUCUUUGCAGAGUCAGAUGCUCACACUGCUAUAUAUCAUGGAGACAUCCUGGGGGAGAAAAAUACAUUACUUCAGGUUUAUCCAAAGCAAAAAGUAGUUGGCAGGGGAUGGGACAUAAUCUGUGAAAAUCGUUAUGCCUUAGUGUUUGUCACUGGCAACUUGAUUCAAAGUAUUUUUAGAGGUUAUGUAAUAAUUGAGCUGAGGAAUGUGACUUAGUAUAUAGAAUGCAGGGCCAGUGCCUCUCUUUUUUCUUCAAAAUAAAGUACGAAGUCUGUCUCUAUAAAUCUCAUAUUUAAAUGGACUUGAAAGGAAUGUUUAAAUUGAUCUGUGGUCACAUUAAAAAUUCAAGCUACAGCUGACCUUAUUUUGUGUGUGUGUUAUAUCGAUUAAAUAGAUCAUUCUUACCAAAAUGUGUGUAUACACACACCCAUACCUGCUAAUUCCAAGAUUCCAGUGAGCUUCUAGGAUGUGUCUGACACCUCUCAUUGGGUACUGGUGCUCCAAUUGUUUUCUAUUUUUUUCACAUGAAUAAACCAGAGUUGAUUUUGUUACCUUGCCAGAUAGCUGCGUUCAUGUUUUUCAGGACGUUGCGGCUGUUCAUACUGCGGAGGAAAGAGCAAGUCGGCUAUGACCUCACUUGGAGUAUUGUACACAGUACUGGAGACCGGAUCUUCAGAAGGAUAUUGAUACAUUAGAGAGGGUUCAGAGAAGGGCUACUAAACUGGUUCAUGGAUUGCGGGAUAAAACUUACCAGGAAAGGUUAAAGGAUCUUAACAUGUAUAGCUUGGAGGAAAGACGAGAUGGGGGGAUAUGAUAGAAACAUUAAAAUACAUAAAGGGAAUCAACACAGUAAAGGAGGAGACUAUAUUUAAAAGUAGAAAAGCUACCACAGUAAGAGGACAUUGUCUUAAAUUAGAGGGACAAAGGUUUAAAAAUAAUAUCAGGAAGUAUUACUUUACUGAGAUGGUAGUGGAUGCAUGGAAUAGCCUUCCAGCUGAAGUGGUGGAGGUUAACACAGUAAAGGAGUUUAAGCAUGCGUGGGAUAGGCAUAAGGCUAUCCUAACUAAUAUAAGGCUAGGGACUAAUGAAAGUAUUUCGAAAAUUGGGCAGACUAGAUGGGCCGAAUGGUUCUUAUCUGCCGUCACAUUCUAUGUUUCUAUGUCUAUGUUUCUAUGAUUUUUGUUUGGCUACUUUGCCUCAAAUGUGAAAUUCACUUAGAAUUUUUCCUUUAGUAAAUAACACUUGAUAGUUACGAACUAUGAAAAUUAAAAGCAACAGAUUGAAAGCAAAGGAAGACUUUGUACUAGGAUCCUAGGUUUCUGCGGUUUUUGGGCUGCCCCUAUUAAUAUGUGUGGGUCUUAUUAAUUUCUUGUAAAUCAACCCUUGCCUCCUGUGUGCUAUUGAAAUCCAUGUUAUUUUCAGUUUUUGUAUCUGUACUUGCUUGCCCUUAUGAAAGAUCUGACGUUUUUACCAUUCAUUUUCAGAAUCUUGCCUUAGUUUGUGGGAUCUGGAGCUAGCUAAUCAGAUUGCAACCACAUGUGAACAACCACCACGGAAUGGCUUUGAAGAGAUGAUUCAGUGGACAAAAGAAAGGAAACUUUGGACUUUUCCAAUUGACAAUGAAACAGGUGAGUGAAACUGAAAGGUUUAUUUGGUGCCAACAGAGGCAGUAUUGAUAUGGGCCAACUCUCAGACAAGUCCUAUAAAUCGUAUGGGUUUCCUCUAGCCAAACAAGAGUAAACUCAUCCCGAUGGGGACACAAAUGCAAAGAACCCAGAGCCUUUUGAUCUUUCAGCUGGUAAGUAGAUAGCAUCCUAAUUUCCAUCCUUACUGUGAUUGUCAUAUUUAAGCAUACCAAAUUAGGGAGCUAUCUACUAAACCAAGCAUGUCAAACAUGCGGUCCAUAAUGAAUAUUUUUGCAGCCCGUCUGACCUGGGGCCGCUUUCAGCUGUGGCUGCGACCAGCCGCAAGACAGGAAAAAUAUUUCCUGGUUCUUGCUCUUCCAGCCACAAGAGAGCAGAGUGGCUAUGUGUCUGCUGAUCAGACCAGAGCAGCCACUCCCCCUUCCCUACCACUCGCAGUGCCAGAGGAGUGUCUGGCCUGAUUGAGCAGGGCUGGAGCUGGAGAGCGGACAGCUAAUCGUAAGGUAGGAGAAGAGGGGCUUGGGGACAGUGUAUUUAUUUGAGGAAGGGGGAGCAGUGUAUUUAUUUGAGUAAGGGGGGAAUUGUAUUUAUUUGAGAGAGGGAGAGGGCCACUGUAUUCAUUUGACGGAGGGGGCCAGUGUAUUAGAGUGGUGGUGGGGGGCAGUGUGUUACAUUGGGGGUGGAGCAAUGUAUUAAUUUAAGAGAAGGAAGGGACAGUGUAUUAAAUUGGGGAGGGGUGGCAGUGUAAUAAUGGGAAGAUGGGAGGAAGGGAGGAGCAGUGUAUUAAUUUGAGGAAGUCAGGGGGCCAGUGUAUUAAACUGGGGAGGCAGUGUAUUUGAAGGAAGGAGGGGGCACUGAAUUUAUUUGAGCAAGGUAGAGGGCCAGUGUAUUUAUUUAUUUGAGGGAGGGGGCCAGUGUAUUAGAGUGGUGGGGGGCAGUGUGUUAAAUUAGGGAUAGGGAGGGCAGUGUAUUAAAGUGGAUUGGGGGCAGUCUAUUCAAUUAUAGUGGAGGGAGGAGGGGCAGUGUAUUAGAUUAACGGGCAAUGUAUUAGAAUGGGUGAAGGGGGCAGUGUAUAACAGUGGGGGGGGAGCAAUGUAUUGGAUUUGUGGGCAGUGUAUUAGAAUGGGAAGAGGGCAGUGUGUUAGACUGGGUCUGCAUGGAGGCAUUGAACACUCCCCAUGGAGAUGCUGUUUGGCCGCACAGCUUAUUGCCACACAUGCACGAUAGCCUCCCAAUGCUUUCCUUUUGAAAAGCAUUGGAUUGGCUGAAAUCAUCAAGUUUGAUGAUCUCAGCCAAAGUGAAGAACACACUCUUAGAACCUCAAAAUAAACAGGAUGAUGUAAUUUGUUUUUUACAGCUGUGCUAUAGCAUACAUUCCCCAUUUCAGUCCCAUUACCAAACAUUUGUUAAUAUAUCAAGGUAGUUGCACUGAAACAUUGGUUAUAUGCAAAUGCACGUCUCCUUAAAAUAAAUUAGCUCUUUUAUUUACUUUGAAGCCCUACAAGUGUGAGGACGUCCAGUGUCAGUUAGGCAACUUUUUUUUACACUGUUCUUCUCAAAAUAAACCUAUGUUUCUAUGAAAACUGGCGUUUUUGUUUUUUUUUGCGGCCCACAUAAACGUAAAUCUUGUUUAUUUGGGCCCGUGUUAGCCUUUGAGUUUGACAUGCUUGUACUAAACAGCCAAAAGAGCAAAAAAAAAAAGCCAUUUUCUCCAUUUUGCUCUUUCACUGAUUUAGUGGAUAACUCCAUAAUUUGCUAUCAUUAUCAAAACAAAUGGAUCCAAAAUGAUUUGUUUUAAAGUCAUAGGGAUCCAUUCGUUUUGUUUCAUUUUUUGUUGAUUUAGAAAUUUGGACGCUUCUGAAUUGCCAAAUUCAGAUGAAUUUGGACAAAAUACGAUUUGCAUCAAAAUGAAUUGCACGUUUACCGAGAUUACCCUUGGGAGCAAUGUUAACACUACCUUUUCACCAAAAAGACAGUGUUUACUGUAAAAAGCCUGCAGGGACUGACUAUAUUCACCAGAACUAGGCUGUAGUUGUUCUGGUGACUAUAGUGUCCCUUUACGAUACAGGGAGCAUAAGGAAAGGAAAACCAAAUGAAGAAAAAAUGGCAAAGCUGCUUUCACUUUAAAUUGCUAUCAGUUUAAAAUACUUGUUAAUCGUUUGUCUAUUGUGCCUGGUGUUUAGAGUUUUAAUAAUUAAAAAGCCACUCUAAGCAGUAUAGUCACUACAGCCCACAUUAGUUGUUUUAAUACCAGAAGUCCCUGCUUUAACUAUAUGUGUGAAGAUGAACAAACCUAAGUCCCAUGGCCACCUGCGGUUUGUCCUUCAUAUUUGGCAUGCACUAAGUCACUAAUUAGUGGAUUUUCCAGGAAUUGCAUUCAAGGUCCCUUUUUUAUUUUUUCAUUUUUGCCAGACUAUAAGAAUACAAAUCGUAUGGUAUACUAAAUUUAAAAAGCUCUUUAAUUUUAAAAGCCUGCCCAAAAUGAAUAAACAAAACAAAUAUAUAUUCUGAAUAAGGUAAUAAAAUAUUUUUUGCAACAAAAAUGGACAGGGUAGUCAGGAGUCUUUAAAUUGUCAAAAAUUGUAUGCACCCUAUAGACACCCUUUGCAGUUUUUAGCAAUUGGAGAAGGUCACAGAAAUUCAGAAGAAAAUUAAAAAGCAAAAAAAAAGAUUGGCUUGUUUCUCCCAAUAUAAAAUGACAAUAAUCAUAACAUUAGAUCAUUAGCUUUAUACAUUUUUUUAAAAUUUACUUUCUAACAUUUUCUGUUUAGUUUUAGAUAAGGCAGUCUGAAAUCAGUCCAAAAUAAUUGAAUACAUGUAUGGUUUGACUGUAACACAAAAGAUGAGUAGAGUCAAAAUAGAGGAUGCAAAAUAAAGUGUUAAAAUUAUUUAAAAUGUAAAUGAAAUAAGGUGUUAAAAUUAUUUAAAAUGUAAAUGAAAUGUAAAAAAAAGGGGGGGGCGUGGCCGACAACGGAGCUGAACGGUCACACAUCUGUGGAGCUCUGCUUCGACCCCACAUAUAGAGAGUCUUAACACAGAUAAAUCAGCUACAGAUCCUCUCAACUUACCUGCCACCCGACAAUAUGGGGCGCAAACACAAAAAACAACUCCAUGUGGAGCGACUUGCGGCACCCGACAUUCGGAUCGCCUUCCAGAGGCCUACACAAACACGACCAGCAAAGAUGGCGCCGGAACCGCAGAUAGCGCUGGAGACCUCUGAGGAGUCCCAAGAAGAGAGAGACUCUCAGACCUCACUACAACCCGGGGACACCCCUCACAAGCCUGACUCAGAGGAUGAUUCCCCAUCCACAAAGAGGGACAUCAAAAGGCUGCUAACAGACCUAAGACAAGUCUGGACAGCCGACUUAAAGGAGACCAAGGCUGAAAUUGGGAUCCUACAGCAGAGGAUACAGGAGGUAGAGACCAGAGAGAAACGCAGAGACAAUCAACUCCAAGAAACCACGCAACAACUGGACAAACUCACCGAACAGGCCCAACGCCUGCACAACACGGUGGUUUUGGCUUGAGUCCAGACACCGCCGCCACAACAUACGCAUGAGGCAUCCCUGAAACGGUGGGCGGAGAAGACCUACUACCUUUCAUCUGGAGGCUUAUCUCUUCAAUGGGCCUCAGGUGCACCCCAGACACCCCAAUAAUCUUAACCGCCUUCCGUGUGUGCAAAUCGCCAUCAGCACCUGCAGGUGCCCCCAGAGACACGAUAGCCACAACCAGAGAUAUAGCAGCGAGAGCCACCAUCAUGGCCAGCUCUAGAACACUGGGGUCACUGAAAUUUGAGGGAUGCAAAGUGGCCUUGUACAGCGACCUCCCCUUUUCUGUCCUUGCCGCAAGGGGACGACUAGCACCGGUCGCUAAGAAACUGAGAGAGUACUUUAUCCGCUACAGAUGGGACACAGUGGGCUCACUGGUGGUACAUCAGAGCACCGAGGCACUCACUCUGACCCCUAACGAUGAUCCAGAAACUCUCCUCAAAAGCCUGGGCACGACAGUCUCCAAGCACGACAAGAGAACUGAGAAACACAAUACUUAAAGGACCACUAUAGUGCCAGGAAAACAUACUCGUUUUCCUGGCACUAUAGUGCCCUGAGGGUGCCCCCACCCUCAGGGUCCCCCUCCCGCCCGGCUCUGCAAAGGGGAAAGGGGGUAAAACUUGCCUUUUUCCAGCGCUGGGCAGAGAGCUCUCCUCCUCCGAUCCUCCUCUUCUCCGCCCCGUCGGCUGAAUGCGCACACGCGGCAAGAGCUGCGAGCGCAUUCAGCCGGUCACAUAGGAAAGCAUUCAUAAUGCCCUCAAUGAGACAGCCACUAGAGGAAAUAGGGGAAGGCUAAACCCAUUCAUAAACAUAGCAGUUUCUCUGAAACUGCUAUGUUUAUGAAAAAAUGGGUUAACCCUAGCUGGACCAGACACCCAGACCACUUCAUUAAGCUGAAGUGGUCUGGGUGCCUAGAGUGGUCUUUUAAGCGGACUCAUUGACCGUGACCCCCAGAGGCUGGAUGUCGCUGAACUUUUCACGCCACUACCGCUAAUCCGCAUUCACCCACUGUUGUUUUAACUGUUUAAGAGUUUAUAUUGAUAUUAGGAGUUUCCAAAAUCUUAACCCACUAAACUACACCAAGCGCCUUAACACCGAACUGCCCUUACAACCAUAGAACAGGGCAACAAGGACACCAAAGUUAAGCAGCCUCACUAAGCAGUGUUCUCCACAUAAAAGUAGCAUUAUACAACCUGAUUCCACACAAUGCCAGCGUACAUUUGUCACUGACACUUUGAUUGAGGAUGUAUAAGGAUUAUGGCUGUGUUUGUUUGCAAACCCAAAGCAUUGAUAUUUGUUCUUGCUAUAACCCAUAUAAUGAGAAUUGUAUACUGUGUGUACAAAAUCCAAUAAAAUACAAAUUAAAAAAAAAAAGUUUAUGAUAAAGAGGAUUUUCUCUUUUAGUCCUUUAAUAAUUAAAUAUUGCGAUAAACUCCAGUGCAGUCCAUGAAAUUUAUGUAAAAUGUCAAAACUCAAAGAAAUAUUGAAAGUUGCUCUAAAUAUAAACCCAUACAAUUUGAUUUAUAAAUCUAUAUAAUGCUUUUUAAAAUAAAGGCCUUUUCAUGUUCCGCAUGACAACAAAAUAACCUUGUGUCUUUAUGUAACUUUUGUGGAAGUAUCAGAAGGUAAGCUGCAUUGAUUAUGACUGAUCAGGUGAGUCACAGCAUCCAAGGUUGUGUGUUACUGAGUUCUCCACAUACAAGCUGACAAUAUAAUAAUGUGUGCAGUUCUGCCGCUGCUGCAACUGUGGAGACAGAAUUUUCGCAAAGAAAAGAUUUGCAAGUGAACAAAAUUAUAGAGGACACAAUUGCCAUCAGGAAUGUGUGUGGCUGUUUGUUAUGCUUAUUUUCUGUGAGCAGCAGGAAUUAUUCCGUGUAGAAAGCGUGUUCUAGGCCUGCAGCCCCCAUCCAAUUACAAGUGUGUCCGAGGGUUCAUUGUUAAAUGUGCCAUUCGGUACCAGAAAAGUGGAGGGAGGUAGUUCUCACUGUGCGUCUUGGUGGGAGAUAACACAAACGAGCAUGUAGUAUGAAAUUAUAGUUCCUGCUAAGAGACAGUCCUUUAAAUCAAAUUGCAGUACAACUCAUGCAUAAGAAAUGUUAAAUAAAGGUUUAUUUGUGAAAAAGGGAAAACUUUUCAAGCUAAUGAUCAAACUUUAAAUUUGGUAAUCAGUAGAGAUGGAACACAUACCGCCCUGGAUUCUAAUGUUUGGUUGUGACAUAUGCCACAUAGUGUGAUCUGCAAUUUCAUAUAUGCACAUUGAAUGAGAAUGUGGCACAUUAAGAACAAUCCUUGCAUAAACCAGCACAGAAUAGGUUCACCAUAGGAGGGGCUUGCUCGUUUGUAAUUUUUUUUCACUCUCUAUUGACUGUAAUUUUUGUUUACUUUCUGCUGACUUUUUUGGAUGGAUGUUUUGCCUGUGAUAUACUUUAGAUAGGACACAUUUGACUCUUCCGAUAUAGGUGGUUGUUAAAGCGCACAUAUAGUUUUAAGCAUUACCUGUUCUUGUAGUAGUGCAUUAUACACUCUUUUGUCUUGAAGACCUAUAUUGCUAGGUGUGUGGCCACCCAUGGGGGGGUUAGGGGGGGAAACCCCACCACUACCCCUUCAAAACCUCCCAUCCCCUCUUCUCUUAUCGUUCCUGCACUCACUACACUCUUCUUAACCCUUCUUCCCCCUUCCUUUUUUUUCCCCCUCUCUCCUCUUUCCCCUCCCUUUCCCUCCUUCACACCCAUCCCUUCCCUCACAUGGCGAAUGCUGUAGCACAAGCCAACGCUACACAAAACACACACAUGGAGUCUGCCCAACAAAGGCAACAACCACAUAAAAAUAUCUAACAGACAUCAGACAGACUCUUCCUGACACACUAUACAUAUACAAAUAUAGUUAGAAAUCUCAACAAGACCGCCACCUCUUACGACAUGAGGCAAUAAGAGGACAACUACAACCACGGUUACGAAAUGCUGAGCUGCACAACGCUGACAAUUAUCCGAGUUGUGAUGUUAUAGUCCCUAGCUACUCUUCCAUCUAUCUGUAACUUCUACCCAAACCAUUUACUUUAUUUACUCCUUAAUGUCAAAGAAUAACCUAGGCCAUGUUGGCUUGUAGGAGCAUCCAGUGUAUCUAUUUGUACAUCACUUCAAGUGUACCCUCGAUAUGAACUGCUGUUUGUACUGUCUGCACCUAUGUUAUGAGCUGUAUUCACAAAUGACACGCUGUAAAUGUUAGAUACUACUGUGACUGUAUUUUCCCUGAUAUGAACCCACUUCCCUUUCUUUAUUCUUCAAUCUCUGAUUCCAGUAAAACAAUUACUAAAACUAUAAAGAAUUUAUAAAAAAAAAUAUGCAUACAUUCCUAUCCAAGAAUCCAAAAUAUGCAUGAAGGCCUAUAUACAAUCUACUCAUACAUAUAUACAUAUACAGUUGUAAUCAAAAUGAUUCAACCACCCAUUGAAAAUCAGGUGUUGUCUCAAGCACACCUGAUGCAACUAAUCAAGGGCUUUAUUAGUUACACUAGGUGUGCUUGAGUUGGAACACUUUAAGUAUUUGAACUGGCUAAGGGUUUGUUGAGUGUCACAUUGAACUUCAUGUUACAAAUAUCGCGAGAAAUGGUCCACAAAGUUAAGAGAAGAGAUCAUCGCCCUUCACAAAAAAUGUACAGGAUUCAAAACGAAGGCAUUGAAUAUUCCUAGAGACAUAGUUGGAGGCAUAGUUUGCAAGUUCAGAGUUGAAGAAACAAUAGGUUAUUUCUGGUAGAACUUUAGGUAAAUAUGUUUUGCUUAAUUAUUAUUAUUAUUGGCAUUUAUAUAGUGCUAGCAAAUUCCGUAGCGCUUUAUAAUAUUUUCAAAGGGGGAGAUUUAACAAUAAAUGAGACAAUUACAAAAACGUACAGGGACAAUAGGUUGAAGAGGGCCCUGCUCAUACAACCGUUAAUCCCCUCCCAAACUACAGUUUUUCCCUUUUCACCUAAAAUUUGUUCUAAAUGUGAUGUCAAAAAUUGGGCUACUGUUAAAGGACCACUCCACACCUAUCAAACAUUUCAGCUUGCUGACUGCUAUAAAUGUGAGGAGUAUUCUAUCUUAAUUGCACUUUGUAAAAUGUACUAUUUCUAUGGGAAAAUGUCAAUUUUAGAAAUCAAUAAAGUAACACCUGUUUCACAGCCAGGGAGGUUCUAUUCCUCCUUCCGUUGACUCCAUUAAGCUAACAUAAGUUUAAAGCUCGCUCUGCUAGAGUGCGCCUGCCAUUGCUUCCCCCACUCAUAGUGAGCCUGAGCGAAUGCAUCCACAGCGCUCAUUGUUCGUUGGGUCCUUGGCUCCUGCUCCCCUGGCUGUCCCUAGCUCUCCCCUUGCCACGUGCUUACGACUGGGAAUCAGAUUAAUUGUCCAUUUCCACGGCACAGAUUGAAAGGCAUAAGAGCUGCAGCUUUUUAUAUAUAUAUAUAUAUAUAUAUAUAUAUAUAUACCCCCUAUGACAAUAUGUAUGCAUGUUUUCACUGGGUGUAUCUUUACUAAAUAGUGAUUUAUUUAUUUAUUUCAUGCGGAUUGUUCGUUUUACAUUUUUGAUGUUAAACGCCAUGUGUUCCUAUAAAGCACUAUUUAUGGUAUAUGCUCAACAGUGAUAUAGAUUCCUAUAUUAAUACACAUUUCUUUUAUUAUAUUUUAGCCCGGAAUUCCCCUUAAUGCUAGCAUCUUGUCUGUCUAAAUUUAUCUUUUAAUAUAUAUAUUUUCUCCACUGAUAUCUGUGUUUUAAGAGAGUUUGAAACACAUCUAUUUAAUUUCAGAGUUUGUCUGAUUUUAUUAAUUUUAAAUACAUUUUUGAACGAAUAUUUUUUAUUUCUGUUCUUACCAUUUUGACAAUUUGAAAUGAGUGGCAAAAUUUAUAUUCUCUAUAGUCUCGCAUCCUGUAUGACAUUUCAAACCAAUGACUUGUGUUUUGAUAUUAACUUUUUACUAUAAAUUCAGAAAGGAAUGUCUUUCUACAAGAAAAAGCAGACCUGAGCUUUAUUUGAACAAUCUUUCUCUUCAUCUCAUUCCAGGUUUUGACGAGGAGCAGAAUGUAGAAUUUCAUGAGCACAUAUUCCUGGACAGGUAUCUGGAAGACUUUCCAAAGCAGGGACCCAUUCGACAUUUCAUGGAGCUUGUGGUUUGCGGCCUUUCUAAAAACCCAUACAUUAGUGUCAAGCAGAAGAAGGAUCACAUAGAUUGGUUCCGGGAUUACUUUGAGGAGAAAAAAGACAUUCUAAGGGAGAGUGACGUUUACGUCAACUGAACAGGAAACAGAGAGGCACUGUUAGUAUCUUGGAUUAUAACAAAUAACACCAAACUCUGGUUCAUUUUGGACACUAUUCCAGUCCACAGUGUUACCAAAAGCAUACAAGGGUCUGUUCACAUGCACACAAGGAAUGACAUUGCUCACUGAUGUCCUGUGGUUACCUAAUUGAUUUGCUUUUAAAAUGGAUCUGUCACCUUGAAAAAAAAAUAAAAAAUCAAUCAAUAUGUUUUUUUUUUGUUUUUGUUUUUUUGGUGAUAUCCUUUUUCAGGUCUAUCAUUAUUUUCAUGUUUACAACAAAUAAAGAAGUAAUGAUAAAACCUGUAAAACGUAGGAAAAGUAAUAUUAAAGCAGUAGUCACAAAUUCAAAGUGAAGAGCUGGUUAACUAUUCACUUAACUGAUACUUUAAUUACCCUUUACCGAUGUUGGGCCGUGCUAUGCUGCCCUACAAAAGGAGGGCUUUAACGCUGUUAGGGCAGCAUAGCACGCCCUAAUGAUUGGGUCUUUCCUUAACCCCUUAAGGACACAUGACUGUGUGACUUGUCAUGAUUCCCUUUUAUUCCAGAUUUGGUCCUUAAGGGGUUAAGGAUCACAUGACUUGGAUCGGACUUGGGGUCCUUAAGUGGUUAAAAAUUACCUGCUACCUGUCAAGGCUCUCAGAUAAGAAAAAACAGGGAAGGUGAAGAAAAAUGAUUUCUCUGUAUCUUGCAUAAAUUUUGUACUUUAAGCAAGUAUAAAUAUAUAUAAUUUUGUGCUCUGUUAAAGUUUUUUUUUUUCUUCAAAAGACAGACCCAGAACUACUUUAAUUUCUCUCUUCUUUUUAGGUUCCAAAACAUUUUUCCGAGUUAACCAAAUAUGCAUUUGAUAUAAAAAUGUUGAUUGCUAAUUAAAUGUCUGGAAUGAAAAGCACAUCUUGAAAUGAAAGCAAUAUAUUGGUGACUUUUGCUAUGUGUAUGGCUAAUAAUGUCUCUAUCCUCAUAUUACAACCAAAUGCUUCCCUGUAUAAAGUGAAAUGAGAUCUUGCACUUUAGCCAUAUCAUAAAGAAUGGAAGCAGAGUUAAAGCUGUUGAAGGGACACUAUAGGCCACCCAGCUUAUUGAAGUGGUCGGAGUGCAGUGUCCCAGGUCCCUUAAACACUGAGCAUGUAAUUAUUGCAGGUUUUUAUAAACUGCUAGGGUUAACUCCAAUUCAAGCGACUGUCUACCAGACAGCCACUAGAGGGACUUCCGCAUCAUAACUGACGCUGAAUGUCCUUACGCUAUCCAUGAGGAAUUCCAGCGUCACCGAAAUCACUAUCACAUUACAUUAUUUAAUGCUUUAGUAUGGGGAAAUCCUAAUGGGAGCAUGGCCAUAGCCACGCCUGCAUAUAAGUUCUUCCCCCACCGAUGUCAGGACGGGGAGGAGAGAAGGCGGGCCCGAGCCAGCACCGAGUGACAUCAGCGCUGGACCCAGGUAAGUGACAGAAGGUUUUUUUUAACCCUGUCUGUACCAUGGGGGACUAUGGUGGGGGGGCGUGACAGAGUGGAGGAAGCUAUAGUGUGAAUAAAACGAGUGUUUUCCUGGCACUAUAGUUUCCCUUUAAGACCUGUAAGUGUUAAACCAUUCACAGAGCGUCACAAACUAAUGGCACUAUAGAAAAAUAGAAUGUGAUGGCCGAUAAGAACCAUUCGGCCCAUCUAGUCUGCCCAAUUUUCUAAAUACUUUCAUUAGUCCCUGGCCUUAUGUCCGUCCUACACAUGCUUAAACUCCCUCACUGUGUUAACCUCUUAACUGGUCCAGUUCAAUGAAAUUUACUUUAAAGAGUCAGCAAACGAUAUUAUAACUCCAGUUCAGACAGGGCAAGCAUUGCAAAUGAAGACGAGACAUAGAAACAUUGUUUUAUUUCUCCUCUUGUCUGAAUGCUUUCUGUAUGCUGCCUCAUAACGAAGUCCAGGGCGCAAAGAUGGAGGCGCUCAGAUGCAGGAUAAAGAGAUGUUGAUUUCUACAUUUAAUUUUCUUUUUCGCACCUCACAAAUCCUUUACAUUAUUAUUAAUAUUAAAUGACCGUUCCUCUUUCAUUAGGCAGGUAUAUCAGUCACACAGGUGCAUUUUAGGAAAAUAGAAAUAUUUACAAAAUAAUACUUUGCAGGUGGAGCGUCGGCAUAAAACGUGGUCUGAUGUUGCUUAGCUCCAGCAGAAAUGGUACGGUGAAUUUGAACUUAGCAGACCUUGAAAAUAAACAUAUUUAACACUGUGUACAUUGAAUAAUCGGAAUAGUUAAUAGAUCUCACUGAUUGCUGGGUGGUCAAAUAUUUUUUCAAAUAGCAAAUAUAAUUAUAUAACCAUGUUUUCCACAUUCAAUAACAAUAUGUACUGUGGGACGAUAAAUUAUUGAUGCGGCUCAUUAUUUAUUUAUUUUUUUGCCAACAUAUCGUAAAUAUGGUAAAACAUUUUUGGCUUAAUUUAAUUUACAUAAAUAUUUGCAUAAAAUACUUCUGUCAUUGAGUUUUUUUGUAGUUAGAGCUCUAUAUUUUUCAGCAUUCAGGAUAAAAAAAAAAACUAACUUCAUAAUGUAUAGUGGCAUUCUGUCUGUCAUAAACUUGUAAUAUGAGGACAGCAGCAUACCCCAGGUCCUGCAGCUGUACCAACUACUGCUUGUAGACACUGCAAAUGCUGUGAAGCAUGGCUGAGAAUGAUGGGAGUUACAGACCACAGCAUGAUGAGCACAGGCAUGCAUUAAGCUUAGCUCUGUAGCUCUAGGGAUAGAAUUUUAAACUGCGCUCCUGUGAGCAGCUCUUUGAUAGCACAUUGCCCCUGCUGUGUUAUUCAAACGUGACACUUAUGUUUUUUGAAAAUGUACAGUGAUGCGUUAGAUUGAAUGAUUGCUGGAAACUUUUUAAGUGAACAUUCUAUGCAGCAAAGACACUACGCAGAGGAAGGCAACCUUCGGCACUCCAGAUGUUGUGACAUACACCCCCCGGGAUUCUUUGCCAGCAUUCUGGCUGUAAAAGCAUUAUUGGAGAUGUAGUCCACAACAUCUUUACUGCUGACAGUUGCUACCCCUGCGCUACAGCUUGGUUGGCUGUGAGUGUGUACUCAAUCCCCAGCACUUUUAGGUUGGAUGAUAAUUGGCGUUGAUGUGCAGCUGUGUUAUUCCCAUAUUAUUAAAGCAGCUGAGGAAGCAUGGUAGAGCCCUGGUUUAUGUCACUCUCUUUCCAUACUGUUAUAUUAACAGGGAACAGUACCAGGACAAUCUAGUGAGCAUAACAGUUGGUGUAUGUGUUCUGUUCAUUGCUGUGUUUGUUUGUGAUUUGUAGCAGACAUUCAAUGUAUUCAAUGCGGCCAUUUUACACAUGUCUAGCACAAACUUCACUGAGCAAUUGAAAGUGCCAUUUCAAUUAAGGGUAGUAACUAAGAUUUAGUACUCCUGUAUACUAUAUUUUAUUAGAACUUUUUAAAGUUAUUUAACACCUUUAAAAUUAGGCAAAGCCCUUGUGCCAGUCCUGAUAUUUAGUAACAUUAUUUAUCUCGCGUUAAGUGCAUUAACACCACACGUCUUGGAAAAUUAAAAUAAUUUUGGCCUUGUAUUUUUAUAUAUUUUUUUUAUGUUUAUAUUAGAAAAUAGCAGGAGGUGCGGAGCUAGCAGCCACACUGUUCAGUCGCACUUCCCUCGAGCUUCGAGUGAAAUUUCUUACAAAUUCGUUCUAAAGCCAAGAGAAUCUGUAUUUAACCGACACACACCAUUCUCGAUUGCUUCCUGCAGUCAUGGGGCAUUGGAAUAAGAAAUCUAAAGCGGAUAAACCCUCUACAACCGCUGAUAUCGGGGAGCUGCUAUGGAGGCUGCAAUCCACCCAGAGACCCAUGAUGGUGAUGUCCUCAUAUAGGCCCUUGCAAACAUCUAGCGAGUAUUCCCUGUUGGAUGCGGGGAACUGUGCUACCCAAGAGAUUGGAAGAGUAUCAGCACACAUCAGAGCUGAAUACAGAUGCCCAUGAGGUUUGUUUGACAAGCCUGGAGCAGCAGCUUUUGGCCCUGCAGUGCUCUCAGGGGCAAACCCAAGAACACUCGGUGGCCCUGGAAGAUAGGAAGCGCUGGCAGAUCAUAUGGAUGGGGCAUUGUGAUGUCACAUGAUGGUCAGAGCAUAUGAGGGGGCGGCAAUAUUUGUUUACCUAGGGCGGCAAAAAUCGUUGCACCGGCCCUGAUGGGAGUUAUGAUUUAGGAGUUACAUUAGUAAAAAAAAACAAAAAAAAACACAUUGUUAAGGGAGUUGGGGUGACACCGUGAGUUACCGCACUGGGUGACACCAACCCUAGUACCGCCACUGGUCUGGGUGCAUGUAGUUAAUGACAAGAUAAGGAAAACCCAUAUGGAUAGGAGAGUAAAUAAAGCACCUGAUAAUAUAAUACAAUGAAAAGUAUAUGGUCGUAGUAGACUAUGUGCAGGAGUCAAACAAUCCAUGCUGUCGUGCAAGGCUGUUAUUCUUUGAGAAUUGUAUAGAAAGCAAAGCAAGCUGUGUCAAGGUAAAUCAGCUAAGCUGUGAACAUGUAAGAAGUACAUUAGUAGAG